GUGUGGCUUGAUAGCGCUUCACUAACUGUCCGCCAUGCCCUGCCUGAGUUUGCAGUUGAGUGCACCAGGGCAGCACGGUCGUCUUAUAUAACUUUAAUACACUCACGGGUUUAAUGGCGCAGUAGCGGGCUUAUGCAGCGCACAUUUGUCGAAUCGUCGCGGAUUUAUCGUCAAAGUAUCGAGCGAAGCGACCUAUCGAUCACUUUUUUCCCUCCCUCUCCCGCUGGUGACGUGCGUUAAAAGUUACCGACUGAUCGGCGCUCAACGGUGGAACUCGGCGGCUCCGGCUAUGUUGUCAGCGACGGUGUGCUCGCCUUUACUUAGAAAUUAGUUCGUAUUUUCGGACGAUGUUUUCCUGCCAGACAGCGGAAAAGACAACGACAAAGCCUGCUGACAUUUCACCGCAAAACAUAACCACAAGGAAGAGGUUUUAUUCGCGUGCUUGACUGUUUGGACAUUGCGUUAUUUCUCACAUUUUUUUCCAACUUGGACCGGCAGGAGAUGACCUAACUGGUGGAGCGCAUGUUUCUUUCACCGCAGGUACGUACUAAUCUUGGAGGAAUAUCUACUUUGAGGUGUGAACGUGUGUCAUUUUGUGUUAAAGCUGCAAAUCAAGAAGGAAAAAUAAAGGUAUAGUGUGUAAACUGGCUGUGCCCCUGAGGUAGGCCGACGACGUGCGUCCUGUGCGCACUGACAACCCUGUGCCGUUUGACAUAUUGACAGUGCCAAAGCGAGCGCUCGAAGAAAACGCCAAAAAAAUCAUGAAUUAGGAUGAAGAAUCGUUGUAAAAACUUGUACAGAAAAGCUGCCUUUCAGCCUCUCCGUCCGUAGGCGGGUGAUGACUGUAAUUUCCCCUCGCAGCCAACAGGUUGCACUAAUACUGUAAUGAUGUGUUGUUGUGCUGUGCGGUAGGAAAAGUACAGUAAAGCAAGUUGAACUUUUUAUGACUUCUACACACCGAGAAGCCCUCGUAUCUUAUCUAAAUGUCAUUACAUCGAUAAUAAAUGAGGAUUUCUCUCAGAUAUUCUUGAAAACACCACGUUGCCGUCUGUAUCCUACUGUACUGUGGGCGUGGAAAUGUGAUGACCAUGACCAAAAUAAAAGAUCAUAUUAAUUCUCUACAACUCACAGCUCCAACGCUGAUAUAAAUCUAUUUUUAGAAGACACCUCUGGACCCUCACACGUGCUGGGACCUCACUUUGAGCAGAGGAAGUGCUGUAUACCAUACUGGCCAUGAAGCACCAUACACUGUGUGUGCUGUGUGCUGUAUGGAGCUCAGUCUUCUAGGAAGACUGUCACGACUGCUGGAGGGGAGAGAAAGAUGAAGUAUGGCCGAUCGGAGGGAUUCACUGUUAAGAAAAAUGACAGGAAUCAAAAUGUUACUCCUUGGUCACAUUAAAGAGGCCUUCAUGUCAUUUUGCAUGCCUGGUUGCAGUAGUUCAUGUCUGAGCCUCUAUCUGUGUUAAUGAUCAACAGAUUAUUUGUGAGCCACACAGCUCUCUCACAAGCUCCAAGAUUUGCUUUUGAAGAGCUGGCAUUCACAUGGUUUCCUUUUCCGUUUUUUAAAUUCAACUUCUUAUAUUCCUAUGUAUUUAUUUUUUAAUUCAUUUGGUUUUUGUCGUCAUCUGAAUUCGCCUGAGCUCGCAAAAUGGAAUCGACAGAUACUGGUGACUGCUGCAAAUGCCCAGAGGCCCACAGUGGGUUAAUCUCUUUCGACAGAUGUAUGUUGCUGCACACAUGCUUGAUUGUAGGGGCGGCUGUCAGUGGCACUGCCUGCAACACAAGUUAUGCCUGGGCAUGUCAUACGCUCACAAGAGGGCACAGUUCAAAGAAAAAAAAAAACAUGAGGAUUAGAGUCCUGUAUGUAGUCAUGUAUGUUAUGUAACAGCUGUGGUCUCCUCAUAAUUAUUUUUUGAGUUUGGUUUUGGCCUUCUGUGCCUCUGCCAUGUUGUGCCAGUGUGGGUGUGAGAGAAGGAGAUGGCCUGUUUGAUACAGCUGCUGUCAUUUCUCGAAAAAUAUCAAAUAAAUGGCGUGGGCAGAGGCACAGCGGUAAAUGAGCGUCGCUUUUAAACUGCGCCACGCUACAUUUUUAUUGCAGAUGUGUCAAGAGACCGAGUGCAGGGAAGGUUUUGUAUUUUCUGUUCUGUGUUUGUGCUGCACAUUGAUCAUCUUACCCAACAUCAGCUCUGAUUGUAAAGCCCUAACCUUCCCUCUUCUGCCUCUCCAUCUGUGUUUUGUGCUCUCUUUGACUUACCCUCACUGUCCUACCAGAAAAAAGAAAUGGAUCAGGGUGGACUGAGGCGCAACGGUAAUCGAGACGACAGCCUGACAUUUGGGGAACCCGGAGUUGGAGUAAGCAGAGGCACAGGUGACACGACAGGUCUUCUGCUCCAGUCUCCAAUCCACUUGCCCGGUUCAGGACCUCUGCCCCAGUCCUCAGUUGCCCCAAACGGACAAGGCGGAACCAAAGACCCGGGUGAUCUCGGAGGCCUUUUUGAGUCCUCGCAGCUUCAUAUCCUGGGCGAAGGAUCAGACAUGAAGGAGGGUAAAAUGAUCAGGAUGCAGAAACCGCAACAUCUCCAGGAUAUGGGUGGGUUCAAUAUUGAGGACAACUUGUCUUUUUUGAAACAGAGCGUUUCCAAUCUUGAGCGGACACCCACCUCUAUCAUCAACACCUCGGACACCUCUGUGUUCGGAAACCUCCCUCUGCCUGACCUUUUCCCCUCACACAUCAAACGGGAGGGGGAUUUCUCUCUGGAUAAAGACUUGGAAACUUACAGCGGACCCACAGGUCCUGGUCAGUGUGAUUUGGGGGGCAACAGCAGUUGCUUGCUCGAGGAUGAUGAGAUUUGGCAUCUGACAGAAAUCAGCGAUUCUGAGUUGGUUUCAGAGGUCGAACACUUGGAUGACAUCCUUCAUGACCCCAGGGCAGGUCCUGGUCCUGGUCAAGUCAGCGGCUUUCAUAAGGAAACAAAGUCUCUCAUGGGUAAUGGAGUUAACUGUACCAAUGUGAACGGCACAGACCAGCAGCACCUUCCCAUGCACCAUCAUCAUCAUCACCAGCAGCAGCACCAUCAACUUCUACAGCACCAGCAGCAACAGCUUCACCAUCAACAGCAGCCUCCUGUGUCGCUUCUCUCCAGCGUCAUGAUCAAGGAGGAGAAAGACCCGGACGACUCUUUCAUCCGCAUCUGCACCCCCGGUUCGGUCAAACAGGAGAAGCUGGACGGCGCUGGUUACUGCCAGGCCCAGUGUCUUCAGAGCAGCUUGGGCUCCCUCCAUGGUGGAGGCCACAUGCCCGGGCCUAUAGGAGUUGGAGCAGGACCUGGCUACCACUACAGAGCCAGUGCGUCCUCUACAGUUGGUCUACAAGACCAGAAGCCUUUUGGCUCCUUCUCCAACCUGCCUCUGGUGGGGGAGAGCUGGGCCAGGGGAAACAGGUUUGGAGAGUCAUCCGGGAUUCAGAGAGGUGAUGAUGGGCUGCCCUCAACCACAGCCAUGGCACCUUUUCCUGUCUCAAGCUUCACCAGGUAAGACGCAUGGAUGACUUUAUUUGUACUCUCUCAGUGGCGGAUUUUGGUGUUUGCUUUCUCUGGGAAUGAAAAGACCCCGUUGUACCAAACAGACUAUUAGUGCAACUUUUCUUCAGAUUUGUUUUCAGCUCUUUAUUAGUCAUCAGGUUAAGUCUGUCUAUCUUGAAUAAAUAACCAGAAUGCUCUGAAGCAAUUUACAGGAAAGAAAAAAUGAGCUAAGCCAGAAGACACUGAUUGUUUUCUCUUUUUCUUGAAUCCACACACAAAAAAAAAAAAAAAGCGCUCGUCUUUGCCGAGGUGUCUCAAAAUCAAACCGUUUUUGAAGUGAUGCAUCAGGCCACUUCAGUUCCCCUGCUUUAGACUUCAUCGAGUGCACAGUUGGGGAAAUGAGAGCAGUUGAUUCAACCCUAACAGAAAAAGAAAAUAACUCCCACACAAAAAGAGCGAACAGGUGCUUUUGUGUAUUCGUCUGCGACUUUCUUUCUGAGCGGAGAGCUCGCACCCUGAGGGCAGAGGGCAUCUGGUGCUGAUCAUCUCCAACUGGCAGACAAAGCAUUACUAACAUUCCUCCGAAUCAUUUGCAUCACAUCAUAUUUUAGGAAUGCUGCGGCGAAUUGAAGAAUCUAAAAAUGGACUUUAUUAAGAUGAUUACUGUCAGAGGAGGCUGAUAUGGAAAGAAAAAGACACAAAUCGGGUUAGGACUUCUGAGGUCACAGGGAGUAAGGAGAGGAUAGAAAUACUGUUGUGUAAUAAAGGAAGAUAGUUAUGCUGAGAUGGUGAUAAUCACAGACUUUUCAAGUGGAAUAAGGCGUAAUUUCCGGUCCUGUGUUUUCUCAGUAUUGCUGUUCUAGGGGUUCCUACAGCGAUAUUAUUAACUGAUUUGGUUGCAAGUUAAAGGGUUGAUUGAUUCAUGAGGCUUGUCAAAUGUCAGAGAUCAUAAAGUAAAAUAACAUUUCCAAGGGCCAUUGUCACUUGAGGUUUUUAUAAACCUAUUAGUGUUUGUUCAUGUUUCGCCCUCUGGUAUUUCUCUAAAAUCGUUCCCUCGCUUGUUAUAAAGAUAAUCCAGGGUUACAUAAUUCUCGUCGUCCCACAGGAAAUGAUUCAUUGAGAGCACACAAUAUGUACAUUUCAAAAGGACGCUCUAUGGUCAGAUUUGAUGUGAAAGGAAAUGAUGAAAGUCAAGAAUGAAAAGUAUGUGCCGGACUUACCUCACCUUAGCUGGAAAGUCCUGUCAGAUAACGGAGAAACGGUGUUUGAGCAGGACAGUAAAAGAGAGAGAGGACUUAUUUUGUGGUUUUUAUGAGCUUCUUUGUAAACAGGAUUUGAAUGAGCAGAUCACAGGUUGGCGGUUGAUUAAAACCAGGUGAUAAUAUGAGUCAGUUGGUCACCGUCGUCUUCAUGACGUGACAAUGACAAGCUUCUUAGCUGUUGUAUCUUUCUCCACAAACUGACCGAUGAGAGCGUGUUGAAAAAAAGAAAAAAAAGAAAGACGACUGACUUCCCUGACUUUUCAACACAGGCUUGUUUUGCAACCCUUGUUAUAUCACUUCGUAUUUCAUCACAAGGUCAACUCAGUUGUCUCUGGAUUAAAGAAAGAAAAACAAACAAAAUUUGCUACACAGACAUUUGCUCAUGCCAAGAAUCUGUGCCCUGCUGCAGUUGUCUGUCGUCCCCAGGCUAUCCCCAGGUAGAUGCACCAGCAUGUUUUCAGAGUGUGUUCCUCUGAUGCAGGGUGCUGACUCUCUGCGGGUUCAAAGAGUGCAUCGCAAAAGGCUUUACUGUUCAGCUCAGAGCCCCUGUUAAGGACUUUCAGUUUGUGUUUUUUUGAAUGAAUUGAUACCUAACAAGUCUCGACUCAUCCUCAAACUUGUGUUUCUAGACAUAAAUAACCUCAUCCUGCUUUCUUUGAACGGCGUGAUGUUUCCCCUACCAACCUUGCAGCGAUUACAGGCCCUAAAAAUACAACAUAUAAAUAUAAAAUGUCAGUCCUUAUGCAUUUGGUUUUUAGGUCACAAAAAGGCAUGACUGUUAGUUUCCAUCUGUUUCAUAACCACGAAAAAGUUUCUCACGGGAACUUGCCAAAAAUAAGAAUUUCCAAGAUUUACUCAUAACCAAAUAAUCUAUGAAAUUAGAGGGAGAUAAUAUUAGCUCGUGGUCAGUGAGAUUACAAAACUGACCUGCGACUUAAUACUAAGAAUUCUGCCUCGAAUACAAAAAGAAAUGACUAUGAAAUCAAUUAGACGAUUGCUAAGAAUCAAAAAUUCCAACAAAUUUUGAUGUUUCACUGAGAUAUAUUCAAGCAGUAAAAAUAUCUUUAGUUUUGGUGGUCUCUUGGAGGGUAAAAUGAGCUAGUGUUGAUGAAAUUCCAUGUAUACAAUAUACACCAGCACAAAUUAGGUUUAUUUUUACUUAAAACACACACACACAUAAAAAAGUAUCAUGUAAUGGGAUCCUUGCUUGUUUAUAUGCAGUAACAGAAAUUCUGUCUUCUGACAAAAAGUCUAAUCCUGCUGAGUUUUGAAUAGCAAAUGUUUCUUUUGAUGUGAGUAAAUUUCAGUGAAAAUUGUUAAUAAAGGGCUAUUUCGUAAGAAUCAAUUCUGCUGGCACCUACCCACUCGCACCGGUUUGACGCAUAAGAAAUUACAAUUCAUAAAUGAUUAAUCUCAAUCAUGGUUUUGUUUGCGCCUAGAUUUCAAGUUCAUCACAUAAACAAAAAAUAAAACUUUUUAACUGUGUUCUAGUGGUAAACUCUUGGUAGUCAUGGUAGUUGAGCUCAGCUGUAGGUGAUAUUGGUGGUUGUGAGGGCUCUGGCUGCAUGUGACUAAGAUUAUGCUGAAGUAGAGCUGGGCGAUAUGGCCUCAAAUCAGUAUCCCGAUAUAUCGAGCAGAUCACCUCGAUAACGAUAAAUGGAUGAUAACUACUCCACAAGCUGCUCACCCCCUCCCACAUUAACUUCGUCUACUUCAGCCGCUACAACUUUUGAACCGUCCUCCAUAUCCUCACCUGUCUUUCCCUCUUCGUUACGGACUGGAUGAGGAGGAGUCACAUCUCUGACGUAGGACAGCGUCUUAAAGGGACACGAGACCAUCCAAAACCAGCUUUUAUUUAUUUAUUUUUUUGACACAGAAUAUAUUGACUUGGGCAAAAUGAUGUCUGUUAUUGUCGGAAAUUUUGGUAUCAGUAAAUUUUCGGUUUAUCGCCCAGCCCUAUGCUUAAGCUAGAUUUUGUACCACACUUGUAAAACACUGUGACGUAAUAAAACAUAUCUUUAUGCGUUUUUUACUGGCAUAUCAAUCACACUUGUGUGUAGGAUCUGCCUCAGACAGUAUCGUACUGUAUUUGGUGUAAAUAGUAAAAAAGAGAGAUACAUUUAGUCUAUCUUCACAUGAUGAGACAAAAGGUAAAUUCUCACCCGGGACGAGACAGUGUUGAAGAUUCGGAUGAUGAAAGUGAAAAGUGAUCAGUAAUGAAAAAGUCAAAGAUUGUUCUUCUGUCAAUAGAGUGACUGAUUUAAACAGAAAGCCUGUUACAUUUUGAUGUGCAUGUUUUCUAAUGGUGGCUGUGUGAUUCACUGUAAUUAUACCCGGCCAGUUCUGCCUGGUUACGGUACAUUGGACAUUGAUGGAGUUCAUAUACUGUAAUUAACUGAAGGGAAAUCCACGGCAGCUAUACACAAUGCAUUGCAACAUUAAACAGCAAACUGUUUGAUCUGAGGAAAACAGAGAUGUGCGGUACAUUUGACCUCGCUUAAAGGAGCAUUCCGUAAAAAAACAAAGGGGCUCUUUUGUACAUUUUUAGGCUGAUGCCCUUGUGCUGUUGCAUCGGAUUGCAUUGUAUCAGGUCCACUUCAGAUGCUUGGUGUAUCUCAAAACAUGAAUGAAAACAGAUAAAUGACUGGCUGCCUGGCUACCAUGUGAGUUUCCUUAGCAACCAACUCCACGGUACGGUACUGUAUAUUACCAAGCCCACCUCGCUGUUCUAUGGGAAUUUACUGCACAGUUGGAGCACAGUUUGGCUCAAAUCACGUUGCUUGGCUCCAGCUCAUAGUUAUAUAACUGAUAAUCAAAUAGACAAAUGCUGUUACUUCAUGCCCAGGGUGAAACGAGGCCUCACAAGCAUUCUGUUAAAUUCUUCGAAUAGCAGUAAACUUGUUUUUUCAAAAAAAAUUUUUAUUUUUUAAGCCUAAUGAUUUAUGUUGUUUUUUUUCCUUUUGCAACAUCACAUUUUUCUUUUUAGGCAGAAGAUAAAAUUAAUUGCACAAUGCAUUACUGUGUUUUUGUCGUGCAUAUAAAUCUGAUCUUUAAAACGCCAAGUGUGACACCUCCUCUGUAAUUACUCUUACUCAUGCAGAGAGAAAAAAAGGAGGCUGCAGGUUUGAUGUCGAGUCUUCUCCGUAGCUGUGCUGCAUUUGUCAGUGUGUAUAUAUGCACACACUAGGGAUGCUGGGAGGCCACGUGUACAGAUCUGCUGUACAGCACUGCUGCGUCUCUCUCUCUCUCUCUCUCUCUAUCUUCAGACUGUCAUUCAGUCACUUUUUUCUUCUCACCUACUCACCCCUGACGGGCCCCUCAGAGCUCUCCAUAUUUCACUGAGGCAUGCACAAGCUGUACACACACACACACACACACACACACACACACACACAGAUGUCAUGCAAACACACACACACACUUAUGUUAGAAGUGUGCUGCUUGUUUUGCAUGUUCAAGGAGAAACUCCUUCACACAUACUCAUAGUUUUUUUUGUACGUGAAAAUGAUUCCUUUGACAUUUAGCUUGUUAAAAUGGGUGCUGCUCAUUUGUUUUUGCAUGGAUUAAAUAAUGCAAAAACUGCUCCGGUUCAAUGGACUUCAUGCUCUGACUCAAAUAACUUUUCAGCAUUUGUCAACUCCGCAGUUGUUUACAUUGCCUCAAGUCUUGCUUUGUGUUCAAUAAAUCUCGUUGGUGCGAUGAAAAACAUUUUCAUUCUUAAACUUCUGGUAACCUUGAGCUACUUCAACUCUCUCACUGCCAAAUUACAGGGUUCCCUGUCGAUCCCAUGCAUGCAGAUAUUCUAACUUGAAAUUUGCUUCAAGGCCCAGAUUUGCUGGGCCUCAACGUCAUACUUUGGAGAGUUUCAUGCAGCGAAACUUUGCAUGAUAACCUUACCUUCCCCAGGGAACGAAGCCGCAGAACAAAGCGGAUCGUCUGCUCUCAGAUUUUGGAGGAUGAUCCAAGAGGCCAAUAGAAAGGAGAAUCUAUGCAGCAGGAACAUAAACAUGAGUUAUUGUGAUGAAUUUUAGAACCAGUGGGGCGUGUUUCAUUAAUGAGAAUGAGUGAGUAAAUAAUGACGGUGAUUACAAUGAGGCAUUGAAUGUGGAUUUUUAUUAUUAUCCUCCCGCCUGCUACUCUGAGAGCCGCCUCGUUUGUACGCAGCUCUUUAGGUCUCUGGUUUAUUGUUCUUCUUUUGCAAACUCUUGCAUGUGGAUUAAUCUGACGUAUCAAUGUUGUUACCAGGAGUUGCAACUUCAUUGCAUUGCUUUUUUCCUGUGAAUUCUGUCUAUUGAAGCAAAAACACCCUCAGGCAAAACAGUAAAACUAUAUUCAGUGAAAUCUUUUUCCUACAAUUACAUCAGCACGAAAUAAAGCAUUUUUAAAAAUCAUCAGGGAACUUGCUGUGAUAAUUCCACAUGAUUAUUUAUUCACCUUCAGAGAAAUUGCAUGAUAAUUGUAUCAUUUCCUAGAACUCUGCUGUUCAAAUCGAUGAUUCGGGGUGAAUUAUGUCUAAUAAUUAACCAACAUUAGUUAUAAAAGAGUUACUUUAGAUUUAAACUUCAGCAGAACAGGGUUUUCUGGAACAAACCAUAGUUAUUUUUAUUUGAUUUUAUUUAUUAAGUUUCUGCAUGUACUACAUUACAAGUAGGGCUAGGCGAUAUAUUGGGCAGAAGUUUAUCAUGAUAUAUUUUUUUCAUAUCAGUCGAUAUCGAUAUAUAUCCCGAUAUAAAAAAAGAAAUUUAACAGUGUUUAUUGGUCGCAUGUCUUUAGCAAUACAAUAAGCUACUGCAUCUGUGAGAUCUUUGUGUCUCUUCUACGUUUUGUCGUGAUGCGUUGUGCUAGAAAAAGCAGAAUUUUUGGCAGUUUCAGCUGCACAGGUGCCAUGGGCUCCUUGCUCCGCUUGGGGUUUGUAACCUUUUGCGUUGCGUGUGCUCUGCCGCGUGGCGCCGCUCCAGGUGGUGAAAAAGAUUUGAGGUAUUCCCCGAGUUUGUGAGAAUAUGUACUCGACUCUGCUUCAUGUCCGACCUCAAAAAAAACAAAAUACCUCCACACCACUGACGUUUUCGUGCCAGUGUUGUCGACGAUGUCGUCAUCUGUUGAGGCUUCAUCUGCACUUCUGCCGGGGUAGCACUCAUUAUCUUUUUUUCUCCAAGUGCUACGGUUGCGUGUAGCUGCAGCCUGCUACUACACAGUUGUUUGCUACUUGGUUCUAAUUCAGCACAUGAUUGGUUCAGCUCGAAGCGGAUCCAGAGCAACUCCCCUUUUCAUUGGCUAUUCGUAUAGUCUACCAAAACAUGGCAGAAUGCCGACUAUCGAAAAGCAUAUUGACCAUGUAUCAAAUCGAUAUCAAGGGAAAUUGAUUUUUGAUAUAUUGUUAUGGUUUUAUCGCCCAGCCCUAAUUGCAAGAUAUGAUGAUGUUAAAAAUUCAGAGUAACCACUAUUGGUCUUUGUAAUUACACUUAAUGGUGAAAAUAUGAUGCAUCUUAAAACUUAAUUUUAAUGAUACAACUUCAUAACUUCAACUUCAAAGUUUUCCCUUCCAUCCCCUUAUAUAUUCACCAUAACAUUAGUGCUUCUUGUGUGCAGUACUAUAUGGAGUGCACACAGGGAAUUUCAUGUCCUACUGUAAGUGUCCUCAAUAGUCAUUUCACAACGGGUAGCCAAGCAGAAGGCAGAUAAAACAAGCCAAACUAGGUCAGACUUAUGUCUGUUGACUCAGUUUCCUGAACUUGUAAUCUCCAAGAUUAUGCCAACCUCAAUCCACGUUGUUUGUUUGAGUUCCUGUUGCUCAAUAGGCUUAACCUUUGCUGUACAUAAGGCCACGCUUUGCUGUCCUUUUUGCCUUUUGCUUCUUCUUGACCGUUGAAUGACCACUUUCUAGUUCCUAUAAUUAGACGUGAAUACUCAGUCAGCGAGAACCUUGGAUGUUUUUGUGGGUCAUAAACAUCCGUACUUACAGAGAAUGAGAGGAGAGCACAUUUCAACUCUGAUCAUCAGCCAAGACCUGUUUCUCAACAAGACGCUCUUUCAUUGUGACCCGUCUUCCUUGUUUUUGCUCUGCCCCCCCUUCUCUGGGGUCUACUGUACUGAGUCUUUCAUGUCGGCUUUAGAUGGGGUCACUGUAGUGCAGAGAGAAGGCCUAGGCCUCUUAGCAGCCAAGCUGUUUCUUUUUUUAAGGCUGUUUUACUGCCUGCUGGUAUGUUUACACCAGUGUAAGGUGUCGUGAGCAACAUAUUCGAGGCAUAUGCAGCGAGUGGCAUGAUGGAUUCAACCUGUUUUUGCAGGUUUAUUCCAUGUAUCUUCUAUAUUUUGUAUACAUUCCCUCUGUAUUUCGGUCUAUAUUUGAAGUAAAGAAAGAAAAAUGAUGAAAAUACCAAGAAGGAGCAAAAACACUGAGCUUUGAUUGCGUGGUAACAGGUGGUUAUUGAUGUCAUGUUAUUAAACAGUUUUUUGAUUGGUCGGUUCUGGAAUUCUAAAGUGUGUUAUUUUUUUUUAUAGCAGACCUCUGCUGUGAAUAACAGACCAGUCUUUUGAGGCAUUAGUGGUACUUUUUAGCAAGAAGGAGAAAAUUCUGUUAAAAUCAGUAAAAUAAUAAUAAAAAAAUAAAUAAAGUUUGAUUAAAAGUCAUUGAUUUCUAUGGAUACCAGUUACGUAUUGAAUGUGAUAUACAAACCCUCAGUAUGAUACACUAAUCAUACUUUUUUAUAUAACUGAUAUCAGUCUCAGUUUCAUCUAAUGCAGUUUAACCCUUUACCUACUGAGGCCACAAAUGGUGAUGUGGAGAUAUUUUGUUAUUAUGGCUGUAAAAUGGUCUGAAUAAGUCUGAGAUCUUUGGUCUCUUUUUCUAGGAUUACUUGUACUUCACUUUUCAACAUCUGGUUGGUGAUUAUUGCACAUUAUAUGGAAUUGUCAGCUGCUUAAAAGAAGAAAAUACAAAAACAGAUUUUUUUUUAUCAUGGCUUUUAUGAGAGCAAAUUUUGUAAUUGCCUAUAAGUUUUGAGUUCACAUUUAAAAAUUAAACCUGUACAUGUUUAGAAUCAGAAACUGUCUUUUGUUUAAUGAUGCAAAUGAUGCACAAUUUGCCUCUUCUGAACACACCUCAGUUCAGAAGAGGUAUCCUCCAAAUCACUCUCCUUCUUCUCUACAUACCUGAGCGGCCAUUUCAUAUAUUAAAAUAUAUUUACUAGAGAUGGGAAUUACCAGUACGAUACGAUAUUAUCACGAUACUUGGGCCACGAUUUGAUAUUAUCACGAUACUUGGGCCACAAUACAAUAUUAUCACGAUACAAUAUUAUCACGAUACUUGGGCCACGAUUUGAUAUUAUCACGAUACUUGGGCCACAAUACAAUAUUAUCAUGAUACAAUAUUAUCACGAUACUUGCGCCACGAUACGAUAUUAUCACGAUACGAUAUUAUCAGGAUACUUGAGCCACAAUAUGAUGUUAUUGUGAUUUUUAACAUUUUGCAAUACAGUGAGUAAGCGAUACGAUAUAUUGCGAUUUAUACCAUUUUUUCAACUUAAGCUAAUUUAGCAUUAGUCUUUCUUUUAUGUUUGUCUUAUUUACACUGUAUUUUAUUUUCAUGUAGCACAUCUUGCAAACCCUGUGUGUCAGGUCCAUCUCAUUUGUGCCCUGCUUGCAUUUCUAAUGUCUUUCCCCACGUGAUGCUAUAUUUUUUGUACUAACUUCCUCCUGCUCUCUGAUUUCACCUCUGCCAACCUCACUGGACAAACAAUUGAUUUUAUUUUUCCAUUAUCAUAGAUUUGACUUCAUAUUAAUAAUUAAUUUGAAAAAAUCAUUACUCAGUAAAUGAGACGAUACAAUAUACCACCAGACAAAAUAUCCUGAAACUAUGUUGUAUCGAUUUUUUUCUCCAACCCCAAAUAUUUACUUCUAUUUACUACUAUUUAUUACUAUAUUUCCCCCCCAAAAAACCCCACUAAUUUGCUUGCUUUCUCUUACUCCACUCCUUUUCUGCUUCGUCUUCUUUCAAAAACAGCCUGUAUGAUUUCUCUUAAUUCGCUGUAUGUAACAUAUACAUUCUCCACCCGUAUACUCUGCUGCACUGCGAACAGACAAACCUAUGCACUCACAAAUGCCUCAGUGCAUAUCAUGUGAUGGCUGUAUGGCGGAGGAAGCUUGCUGGGAGGUGAAUUCUUUGUAUAGACGAGCCAUUCUCAGAAGAGAGUAUGAGAGCUCCGGCAGGAUUCUUUCUGAACCAAUCCUUGUCGAAUGAAUUAUGUGAUGGCCAUCAGCAGAGGGCUUUAAACUUCCUGUGAGUGCAUGUAUGUGCUGCUGACGUCAUGAAUUCAAGGGCUUACUUGCCAUAGAGACUUUAGUCGGUGUGCAGACGGAAAUUGGACCAGAAAUUGCCCGCAUGGAGGCAAUAAUAUGGUCUGUUUGUCAGACGCAGGAGUCUAUUUCUUUCCCUUUGCUACAUACGGACAAUUCUGUGAGCAAACUGUGCUCAAAUGUGCAAGAGGUGAAGAUAGAUAUAUCCCUGACUGACCGAAUCACUGUUGAAUUAAAGGAGAAUUGUUCUUGUAAUGUUUGAUGAUAAUCUAAUCAGGACGCGGGCAUGGGAAGUUUACGAGCCAUAGUGGGUCAGACAGCUUACAGUCUUGACCCUUUGUACCAAGUGUAAUCCAUGAAUAACAAAUACUGAACAAAUAUUGUCAGAAUCUGGUGUGUUUAUCUUACAGCUUGACCAAAUAUGUAAUGUUUCAGCUCCAUGCUCGCCCAAACAAAACCUUGAAAACCUUAAAGGAUGUUGAAAACGUGAGCGACCCACUCAUGACGACAAACAUUUACAACAUUACACACUAACUACUGGGGGUCACAACUCUCAAAGCUGGAAGUACUGCGACAUCUCUCAAAAAAUGGCAAAGCAGUGAGCUAAAUCACUCCACUUUACUUUAAUGGAUUUCUUUUUUUAGAGAUAACAACUACAGGUCUAGCAUCUGAAAAAGUGAGAAGCAGGGAACACCAGAGAACAACAAAACAAAGAUCUGUAACGGCUCGAAAUGAGCAUGACCUGAAACGUGCAGCAUACUUCAGGGUUUUUCCCCUGAAGAGGUGGUGAGCUUCGCCCCACCACAAACACCAAAAUAACAAUGAAAAAGCUUGUUCUCUUCUGCGUCUGUCUCCUGCAUAUAUAUCCUGAGCGACUUGUGCAUACACUCUGGUUAUAAGCAAAGAAAACAAACAAGAAUGCCAAGGCAACAUCGCAGCCGACAACGGAGAUGAUAACAAUGCUGCAGAGGAAUUUCAUGCAUGCUGAUGUAAAGGCUCCCAUAGGUCUGAUGACUGCAGAUGCCACAGCACAUAUGACUCAUACUAAUCAAGCCGUUCAGUGACCCCGAAUACCCUGAGAAGAAGCGUCAACAGGUUUCCUACCUGGUUUGUCACCAAGACCUACAUUUUAAGUGGGUUUAGUAUUUUUUUUGUGACCUCAGUUUGAAUCAUGGCAUGAAAAAAUCCUUCUCUCUAUAAUUAAACAUGCCUUAUUGUUGAUACAGGCUUCAUCUCUGAAACCUUUGAAAAGGUUCAUUUAUGCUUUUUAUGCCAGCUUCUGCUUUAAUGCACUGCAGGAAUCUCCGCUUUUAGCAGCACUACUUAAAUCUAGUACUUAAGCAGAGUGUGGCGUGAAUAAAGGAUUAAACUGCGCUUUGUUCGCUUUGAAUUUUUAUUAUGAGUUAGAAAAUUCUGACUAAACCUGCUUGGAAAGAAAUACUCUGUUGAGAGAUCCUUUUACCUUUAAUUUCUUUUUCUGUGUUUUGAGCACAAACUCAGACGCCUCAGUGAUUUCUACUAACACAAACGAAAGUCUCCUUAUCCCAUGACUUUAGAGAUGCAGUUUUUCACCACAAGUUCUGUAAUUCUCUGAUGUGCCACAACUUGUUUUCUGAUCGAUGAAUCAAGUUAGUGGAAUUUACCGCCUUAGCUGCUUUCCAGUGCUAGCCUGUUAGUGUAAAAAAAACCUUAGAGGGAUUGGGCGCCAAUCCCUCUGUAUCAUUGCUUUCUGUGUUUGUCCCUUUGCUUCUUCUCCUCUUUAAUUUUCUGCUGUUCCUCUUUCUUAAAGCAGCAUGUGGGAGAGUACUUUAAAUCAGUAGGAGACACACAGCGAUACUCCCUGUACAUAUGUGCUUAUACUUGAAAGUAAAGAGUUUUUGGCUGGAUUCAAGUAUCUGUAUGUACCUGGGUGUGUAGCCAAGUUUGAAUGUUUAAUAGCAGCUUAUCUCCCCCACAGGAAGAAGAACAUUUUAAAGAGAGUAUAAAAUCACGUGAUUUGAAUUCAGCCCCAGGCCUUCAAAGCAGGGUGAAUACAUGAUCCCUUUACUGGGUUACUUUUCAUGAAACAAGGCUCAGGAGUUUUCUUUUAACCUGACAAGACUCGGCAGGGUGGCGGAGUAACUAGGGAAACAUUCAGCAGGAGGCCGCAGGUUCAGACCUCUUUACACCUGAGCAACAAGUUGAAUUCCUCCAGGCUCAAAGUAAAGGCUCAUGGCUGUUGUGAAAAAAACGCACAGUCAUGCCAACAUUUGAAGCCUGGAAACUGUAUAUAAAUGUCUGUAUAGGUUGGCUGAAAAACAUCGAAGUCUUUGACCAGAGAGUGGGAUGUCCUUGAGCUGAUUUCCUAGUUGUUUAAAUGAAUAAUUAAACUAUUCUACUCCACUAAACUGUACUUCCUCUUGUUUAACCUUGUGAAAUAUUUACAUCAUUAUUUUUUUUAAUGCUGUUUUUAACAUUUUCUCAUGUUUUAAUAUUCCCUCCCUUUUCAUUAUAACUCUUAUUUUACCUUAUCUUAUUUUAUUACCUAAGGAUUUAUUUCUCUUCCUCUUUUAUCUGUCCUCUAUCUUUCUUCUUCCUUUUCAACUUCCUGAUGUGAUGCCGUCAACCACCAACCACCAAUCUUUGACUGUCCAUUUUUAACUGUCAGUUUUCCUUUAUCUGUUUUUGCUUUUGUUUUGCUUCUUCUUGUAGACAUCUGUUUUUAAAGGUGCUAUAUAAAAACAGCAAUUAUUAUUAUUAUAAUUAGGGCCCGACAGAUUUAUUGACGAGCCGAUUAAAUUGGCCAAUUUUAGCCCGUUUGAGACUAAUCUGUAAUCGGCCAAAACUCGCCGAUUUUCGCCAAUAUUUUCAGAAAUAAAAUGCGGAGAAUAAGAUUCGGUUUCGCUUCGAAAAUGUUCCGCCAUUUAAAAAGUUCCCCGACUUAUCCUGUAGAUGGCGCAGCGACCUCAUGACAAUCUUCAUCCACUAACUACCUUAAUUGGUCAUCAGAUUUUUUCCCCCCUAAUAAUCGGUAUCGCAUCGGCCCCAAAAAAUCCAUAUCAGUCGCACCCUAGUCUUACGAUUUAAAAACAGUAUGAAAAUGGCCAAAUUGAGUGCAGUUGAUCUGACAUCACUUAGCAACAGAUCACUGAAACAUGGGGUAAACAAAGUCCUUGUCUGGCAAAUGUUAGCUUAGUUGGCAUUCAGUCCUUGUAAGGUAAUGCACACAUGUAUGAGCCAGUUAAAUAUUGAAGCACAUUCACAGUAAACUGUGUAAAGUUGCAGAGUCCUGGUUAAACCCUACAUAACAUACAGAAACAAGCCUGAAUAAAAAUGGGUUGGAAAAGUUCAAAGUUCUGUCUUUGCGGUGAGAACUUUUAGUCUUAUUCUUAGUUUUAAAAGGGAAAAAAAAAAAAUAGUGACGUGCCAGAAUAAGUUUGUAAAACCUACAGUAAAACAUAGUUUUGUGACCUUACAGUGCCUGAUGAAGCCGAAAACAUUUCACACUGCAAAGCUCCAUCAAGUUCCCCUAACGAUAAGCUGUCUAUUUAUUCUGUGCCUGUAAAAUAUAUUUUUAUUGGGCGCCCUUUUUAAGAGCAUUGUCAGCUGGUGUAAACUGACACUUGGCCUUGAAGACUGAGGCCACGGAGGCUGUCUUUUUCUGGUGUGAAUGCUAAUACCGAGCAGGCAGGUGGAUUGCUCGAGUUGGAUUUUGUAGCUUCAGAGUGAAAUCGCCGAGCAUUUUUGUACCUUAACAUGUGUGGAUAUGCAGCCUUUAACACAAACAGAUAAAACCCUCGUGUUUGCAGACUUGAUUGCUGCCCAUGUUCAGGCUGACAUGUCACAGGUUGCCACCAGACAACGCAGAGGACCUUGUGCCAUAGAGUGGUCAAUAAUUUACCUGACCAAGGUUACUGUACAUGUGGAGGCAAACAUUCAACCCACGGAGCUGUCGUUGUGUAAUCUAAUGAUUGUGUUUGGGGGAAAACUUGAUAAUGACCUCAUUUUGUCUCGGUCAAAGUACCAUUAGUGGGAUUCAGUGCAGAUCAAGAUCUUUAUAGUUCCAGGUGACCCACUUAUUGGUGUGUGUUUGCUGAAAUCAAGAUCCAAGUGGUUAAAUAUUCCAAAUUUCCUUACUUUUUUGGGAACAUGAAAUCUAACUACUCAGGGAUUUGUCUUCCUAUUUCACCCAUACCCUUUUUAAUGACUACGGAUAACUCAAUAUAACCUGAAUCUUUCAGAUGCCAUCGCACAAGCUGUCCUCCCUGUUUUGAUGGACAUGUAGGCUGCACUUUACUUUCCAAAGUCAACACUGCAGAGAGCAAUUUGGAUGUUGCGGUUUGGUGAAUGUGAAAGCACUUUCUCAUUUUCCCCGGGUUUUAAUGUCCCAUGCUCCUCUGGUGACUGUACACUGUGUCCACUUCUUGAUCUUAUAGCUUUUGUACAAGGCAACAAAAGUUAUAAAACUCAGUGGGAGACUUAAACAACAUAAUAUGGAAAAAUGAAUGAAGACAGAAUUCGGCCCGGGCCUCUCUGGUUCUUCACUUUCCUAAAAGCCCCCCCAUGCAGGAGCAGCAAUGUUAGUUGAAUGUUUGCAUUGGGAGAAAUGCUUGAGUUGUCUGGGUGGGUGGUGUCAUCGUGGUCCUGCAUGGAUUGGUAUCAACACUGCCCGAGGUGGAAACAGGCGUAGACUGUGUUUAUCAUCCAGACAGAGCAAGCAGCUGUUUGACAGGCUGGUGGGUAAUUGUGUUUAUCACUGAACUUUGUCUGUACGGGACACACGAGGUUAAGCCCAGAGACGUUACUGUUGUAGGUUUUGUACCUCUCUCUCUUUGGGGUUUGAGUCAGUGAAGUUUGUUGUUGAACUUGUGCUCCGUACCUGUCACAAAUUUGGAUUGAAUAACUGCAGAAAGAUGUGCCGCCAGCUCCUGCGUUGACUGAAGUGACACCAAACUGACCCCGGCUUUCGCUUAUCUGUUUCAUUUCAUUUGUUUCUGAGUACUGACCCACCUCUCAGCCAUUAUUCCGUCACUCUUUUAAAAUAGAAGCCCCCUCUGUGUCUGGAGCGCAUCUAUUUUCGACACCACCAGCGCUAAGGCUUGCUACUAUUUUUAAAACUGCUUUAGCUUGUGGUGAUAAUAUGUUGCUGUGAGUUACACGGGAGACAGUUUUUGCCCGCCAAAGCAAUGUUGGAAAUGAAAUAGACCUGUGGGAUACAAGAGGCAAUGUGUCAGCCAGAUUAUUUUUAUUGCUUAUUUAUUGACAUGGUUUGGCUAUAAUUCAAACAUGUGGAAAAUGCUGGUAGCUUUCCAAAGCGUGUGAUCUUCUAGGUUGUUGUCAGGGCUCAGGUUGCUGCUAAUACUGAACACAGGGCAUGUGAGGUCAGUACUGUUGGCCGACAUUAAAUUUUAAAGAACACCUUAUACGCUGCAAGGUAAACCAUCUUUGUGUAGGUAAAGGAAACGACUCCGGCUGGUUCUUUGUUUGGGUAUAAUUUGUUCAAGUUCUGCUGAAGCCGAACAGUUAAGACAAGUGGAAAUCUGAGUCAUUCUCGUGACUGAAUAUGUGGUUUUAAUUUGUGUAUGUGCAUGCUAAAUUAAAUUGAUCUCUAAAAACGUAAAGCUCCUGUGAGAAACUUUAAGUUGGUGUCAACUUUGGAGCCCCCUGUGGACAUAUCGGAUAUAACUUAUCUUGUCAUCUGCAAAUUCAAGUGGUGUCUUCUGACUAAAAUCUCAACCUGUUCACUUUGGACACUCAAAUGUAAAAAAGUCCAUACACUCACAGAAAUACUAUAUAUAGGCCUCAUUAUACAAUUUGUAUCCAUUGUCAUUACUUAGAUUUAAAAUAAACAGGCCAAAAAACUUUAUGUGCUGCAUACUUGUCAGUCAAAUGCAAAUAUAACAAUUAAGAAUCAGAUUUAAGUAAUAAUACCAACAAACCCAGUGUGUUUAGAAUAAAUAAUGAGGAUUAAUGUGUUCAUCAUUGAAAAAUCCAAUUUGUUUCUGUCUCUAAAUUUUAAGUAAUGAAUCUUGGUUGAUCCAUAGCUCGUCAGAUUUAAACCAUAGUCAUAAAUUUUAACUGAUUGAAUUAAAAUGUUAUCACAAUUAACAGAUUUAUGCAAAUUUUAAGAAUAAUUUGAAUAAACACAUUUUAAAAAAUAGGAGUGUGAGAAAAAAUCGAUUCACAUAAGUAUCGCUAUUUUUCGUUUUACAAUUUUUAAAUCGAUUUUUUUUUUUUUAACAAAAAUCUUUUUUUUUUUUUUUCAAAUUUAAGAGUAAAUCUUAAAAACUGACUUACCUGUGAUGUGUAUUUUUUGGGGAAAUAUGGUUCCUUGUAUCGUCAGUAUACAAUCAUAAUCAUUCAAGUGUUUCACUGGUGUCAAAAAUGCAGACUAAAAAUCAAGAAAAUCUACAAUAUUUUAUCGUAGAAUCGCAAUUUAAAUCGAGUUGGCAUCCAAAAAAUUGUACAAGAAUCGAAUCAGGAGAGAAGCAUAUCUUCCCAGCCUGACUAAAAAAUGUUAUAAUUUGAAUAAAAUCAAAUAGACUUAAAAAUAAGAUCUUCCAUGAUUUGUUUUUCUGAGUGUACAUAACAGUAAUAUAGAGUUAUGGACGAAGCCUUUUAUCAUUGAAAGUUGCUGCUCUACCUUCGACAAUAUAUGCUUGGCACUGUAGGCCUAGAGUCAUAAUAAUACAGUAAUGAAUUCUCUUAACAACUAAUAAUUUUGUGUAUACCAUUAAGGAAGACCAUGUUUAAUUGGUUUAGUGGACUACAUGUGUAUAUCAAUCCUGCGCUGUACUCAGUGAGACUGCAGCUGCUACUUUUGAGUAUUUGCAUUAUGAUUAUUGUGAACCAUUCGAGCUCUGUGGGUUCCUACUCUUGUUGCAUAACUGUCAGAUUUUCUGAAAAGGCUUUAAGAAUGCAUGUGUGUGUGGGGGGGAUUUUGUCAUUAUUUUUGACAUUUCAUAUGCCAAACAUUUAAUUUCUGAAGAUUAAGGAUUUUUCCGGGUUAAUGGACCGUUGGGUUAAAUGUCAACAAUGUUCUGCUCCAAGUUUCUGGCAAAUUAUUUCAGGAUUAAGGCCCCUUGUGCAAGAGUUGCAUACCUACCACAUCCUCCGCACCAACUCCGAGUCGUCAGUGAUUAACUGAAGUGUAAAAACACCCACCCCUGCACCGUACCUUCUUCCUUUUCCUCCAGACCCUCCUUUGAUGUCUCUUACUCAGACUUUCUUUCUUUCUAUGACUCUUUCGUUUCCUCAAGUGUCUCCGCUCAACAAAGUAGCGUAUCAUUAAUUUUUCACUCGUCAGCAGCAGAGUAUUACUCACGUCCCUACCUACGGUCCUCAAAAUUAUAUACAAAAGCAGGGAAAUGGUCAACGGGAUAAAAAUGGCUUUGAAAACUGUUUGUUGCGCUGCAUGAGGCAGGGAGAGCAACAGGGGACUUAAUCAUGGCUUGUACUUUUAUUUUUGUCCAACAAACAAGUCAAGUUCACUGAUUGCUCGAAAUACAUGAGCUACAUUAUUGACUGGAACAGUGGAAGGUGUGUCCAUUUUACCUUCCCCGCCCUCGUACUUUUCUGUCCUUGUUUGAAGUGACGAAGAAAAAGCAGGCCUGUAAGCAAGAGAGUUUAACUUUGUGUGGAGUUUUAAAUAGGACAAAGUCAAAAAUGGAUUCUGGGUCAAAUACUUGAGUGUACAUCUGGCGAUAAAAGUAACCUAAUUUCCCGGUCGGUAUGUUUCAUUUUGGUUACAACAUAAAAUUUGUACAUUUCUGCUGCUCAUAUUGUGUAGUAGAAGAAGCUGCUGGGUCAGUGGUUGUAAUUCUGUUAAAAAUACACUCUGCUAGUUUGAAAUGAUGUCCUUCCAGUGUAACAGGAGGAUCCACACAAUAACACUCCUAUUCCGAGAUCUAUUACCGGCUCUUUACUCACCGUCCACCUUUAAUUCUGGCCUGAGUUUCUGAGGCACACUGAUUCGGGUUAUUUAAUUUCAAAGGGGCAACAGAGUGUUAACUCUCUAGGUCUUUUAAUAUCUAUCUCUUUUUCAGCCUCUUGCUCUCUGUCUUUUGAGAAGCGUAUCCUGCUUUGGACCGCUGCCAAGCAAGCAUUGCCUGGUGCUGUGAAACCCUGGCACAUGUGAGGCAUCCAGCAGCUAAAUUGGCACCAGUUUACCCGAUAGUUAGUGUCCCUAGAGGACCUCUCAGACCCCCAAGUUACAAUACGUAUGAUCUCGGUGGCUGUUCGUGAAAGUGGGAAAGCUACAUGGUUAUGGAUAAAGCGAAAUCCUCUUCCUAUUGAUGAAGACACCUGAUCAUCAGCCGUAACUGAUAACGUUUAAGGAAAUUAUUUUUCAGCAUAUUUACCGAAAAACUAAAGAAAUAAUUAUUUUGAAUGGGAUUGCAUGGUUUUCCUCUAAAAAGUAACCAUAUCACUCUUAUAGGUACCUGGUUAGCUUAUCCUCUUUGUUAAGAAAUUAGUAGAACAGGCACAGAAGCUCAGUUAUCAACUCUUAUCCAAACACUAAUUUAAGUGUUUGUUAUGAUUUAGCACUUCACUUUAAUGUUGGAAACCGUUUUGUUUUAGCGUCUUUUUACGCUCCUGACUAGGGUUUGGCAUCGUUUGAUUUUCGACGAUUCCUGUUGCAGUUCGAUUCCAAUUCCUUAUUUCGAUUCCGGUUCCUAACGAUUCUCUAUUCUAAUUCUUCUAAAAGGCAGAAUAUUUUAAACAUGCGUGAUUUAAAUGAGGGCGCUAACCAGAGUUCUUUUGGAUUUAGCACUUUACUUUGAUGUUGGAAACCGUUUUGUUUUAGCGUCUUUUUACGCUCAUGACUAAGGUUGGGCAUCAUUUGAUUUUGAACGAUUCCAGUUCCGACUCCUCAUUCCGAUGCCGGUUCCAAAUGAUUCUCCAUUCCGAUUCUUUUAAAAGGCAGAAUAUAAAAAAAAAUUGCAUGGUUUAAAUGAGGGCGCUUUUCAGAGUGCUUUUUGGAUUUAGCACUUCACUUUGACGUUGGAAAGCCCUUUUGAUUAUUGUCUUUUUUUGCUCACAACUAAGAUUGAACAUUGUUUGAUUUUGAACGAUUCCAGUUCCAAUUCCAUGUUUCGAUUCGGGUUCCUAAUGAUUCUCUAUUCCGAUUCUUUUAAAAGGCAGAAUAUAAAAAAAAAUUGCGUGGUUCAAAUGAGGGCGCUAACAAGAGUUCUUUUUGGAUGAAAUUUCUGAACUUCUCCAUUAAUUUUUUUGAUUAUAUGAACUUUUUUACAAACUUUACAAGGAAUUUUUCACAGGGCUAUUUUCAACCAGUAGAUAAAUAUCAAUCUUUGUUGUCAGGUUGUUUGUCUAUGAAAAAGUACACAGGCUAAUGUUAGUUAGGUAUUUAAGUUGACCCACCGUCACAACUUGUUUGCCGCUUCAAUUUUAGCAGAAGAAAGAAGUCAUUUAUUGCUUUACUUAUCCGAUUCUGACCAGUUAGUGGAAGACCGGUGAAGACAGGGCACUCAGGUAUUUCUACUCCAUGAAUCCAGAGGUGUUUAAUCCUGUUGGUCGUGCACCCUCCUUUCCAUGAUAUAACUGUGUUGCUAAUUUUGCACCGAGACAACAUUCUUCCUGCUAAAUUUAGCCAAACUUCUGACCGUCGCCACUCCCUCUUUCUCACUCUGCAGUUUCGUUUCAUGUGCUUCGUCUUCACUGGUGUUCGCGGCUAUUUUUCCUGGUCGGCGGACGAAGCUUGGAAUCAAACUUGAAAAAGUUGAACAGUUCAGGAAGAAUAGGAAUAUUAGUCCCGAUUCCUAUCGAUGCUCGAGACUCGAUGCCCAACCCUCCUCACAACACUGAACAGUUGUUUAGGUCUGCAGGCCUAGAACAAGACAGAAAAUACAUGAUACAGCCUAAAAUAACACAAAGGUGGAUGUUUGGGUUGGCUUUCCUUCACAAAGUUGUUAACCUAACCAGGAUUCCCAUGAAAGUAAGCUUACUAUUAACCCCAGGAUAUAUGUUGUGCAUCAUUUCAGAUCUUUUUUGUUCUCCAGCAGUCUCUGUAUCGGAUCUAUCAUUCUUGUUUAUUUCAAAUGCACAGAAAUCAAGGAAAGUCAUUUCGAUCACUGGCAGCAGUGGUGUUUUAAACAACCCUACUUAGAUGAAUGGGUUGUUAAUUGGUUGGCAUUACCAUCCUGCGCCAGAGCUAAAAAAUCCUGGACAUAUAUCUGCUUUUACUUUAUUGAAACAGAAACUGAACCCUCCGUUCGGAAGUGACUCAAACUCUUGUAGUUCUUUGUGUACUUAAAACUCCAUCAUUCACCCAUGUAGACUGACACUUCCACAGAAAAUUCUGGACUCUUUGAGAACCUUGAACCAUCACAUCCUGCCCCACUUACUGACAGGUUGGAUCUGUUUACAAAGAGCUUGGUCACAGAUAAUUCAAAGCUCUCCCGUAUCUGUUUUUUAUGUCCCUAUUCUCAAGCUUGGAGCCUGGCCAGCAGUGUUGUGUAACACAGCCUCUACAGUUGUAUUUUAGGUAGACUGAGGCAGCUUUUUAGGAGGUCUAGAGGUCUGCCUGUCAAUCUUGAAUGCGCCACACAAGGCUGUGAUUUAGCUGCACUGGGUCACUGGAAGCAGCUGGAACCACUGCCUCCAUGCUAGUGAUUGGCCAUCAAGAACUGGCCCUCCAAUGAAGCAAAUUAUUUGCUUGUGAAAGGUCAGGGUGCAGGCGAAAAGCUCACUUCUCAGCUAUGUCUGAAUGUGAAGUUUAAUGGGACAAAGGGGAAAGUGUUACCAACUCUUAGUAACUGACGGAAGUUGAGAAAGAGUGUGAUACAAAAUGAAUCAGCCAAUCCUCCCAGAUGCACUCAGACAAAGUGAACUGAAUGUUGAAUAAAUAAACUGCAUUAUUGAUACACUGAGUGUAAUUUCAUUGCCAGAAUAAUCCUCUGACCGGGCUCCUGAGACAUCUUCAGCAGCUGACUCUUGCAACUGUUGAUUUUCACACAUUUUGCAAAAUUAAAGCAGAGCCUGCAGCUGUUUUUUUGGGUUUAAACUCUCAGUAGCAGGACGGACUGUGGAGAGCGUGCUGUCAAUAAAACAAAAGAGAAGACUUUAAUUUGCUCUCGUCCACAGAGAGUUUGCUUCGGCACUUUUACAUUUUUAACCUCAGUGCUUGUUGAUAACUUCUAAAUUCAUACAAAGCUGUAUCAAACUGGGGUUGUAUGAGGUAUUGUGUUAGAGAGUCAGUUUCAUUAGAUAUUUAUUCUAGUUUAAGAAAGUCAGAUCCAAAUUCUAAAGUUGGUGUAAUCAUUUGCGCUGUUAAGAGGUUUUCACUGCACAUGAAUGUCCCUCCAUUGAAUUAGUUACUCUUUAACCCACAAGAAUAAAGUGCACUGAUAGUUAUGCUGCGAAUUUGGAGAUAAGUUCGAUAUAAUCUAAAGCAACAAAUGCUGAACAUUAUCCAGCAGACACAGUUGAGUUUGUUAUUCCAGCUCAGUCCGACUCUUGGACAGUCAGCACGGUGAAUUUCAGUUAGGAAAGCAUGUCGUGCAGCUCAUGAGUAAGGUCAAACCUCCAUUUGGCUUUGUUUUAAAAAAUUGAAGAAAUUUUAAGAAACAGUCAGCAAGUCAGUUGGAUAAGGAACUGUGGGUGAUAAGUGAUGUGGCAUCGAAGCCUCAUGGGAGCCAAGAAAGGUCCUGAUCUAGGGCUGCACGAUUUUGGCGAAAAAUAAAAUCCCAAUUUUUUUCUCUAAAAACUCGAGUUCGAUUUUUUAUUUGUUGACAACUUCACCAAACUUCACUUUAAUAAAAAGUUUUUCUAUCAUCUCUCAAAACGAAACCACUGAAAACGGUGUAGUGCAUAUGCCAAGCCAGUAAGUGGCGAAGAGACAGAAGAAGAGUACGGAGCAUGCAUAUAGAGGUUGUUUUGUUUGUGUGUGACAUAAUCGUUUCAAGAGAGAUGCAGAUGGACAUCCACACUUAAAUAAAAUGGCAGUCUUUUAUAGGUUUAUACACUCGCUGACCUGUUUUCAAAAAGUACCGUUUACAGUCACCUUAAAUGCUGUUUCCGGAUGAAACGCCGAUACGAAAAAAAAAUUGUGUUUACUCCUGAAUUCAUUUCUGUGUGGAUGGGUUCAUAUUGCCUUCAGACAGACUUUGCAGCGGGGAAGUGGUUUGCUCUUCAUCCGAAAUUGGGAAGCCAAUUCCAAUUCCACACAACUGACUCGCUCUUGCCCUAUUUAGCCACGAAAUUAUUGCCUUCUUUUGCAAACGCCAUGUUUGUUUACACUGGUGUGUGUGGGAAUUGGGGAGCGCGCCCGCUGGAAGGGGGAGCUUAUGGUGGUUUGAUGAUUUUAAAUUUUUUAACAUUAAUUAAAUUUUUAUUUUUAAAGUUUUGCGAAUUAAAAUCGAUUUAUCGUGCAGCCCUACCUGAUCAACAAUAAAGCCGAGCUGAUCAGCAUCUCAUGUGAGUAAAAGACUCAUGAUUGAUUGACACCUUAUCCAAGUCCAUUUUAUAAAAUAAGGAUGAAAAAAUUCCUUUAAAUUCAUUUCCCUGUCAUCAUCUUUUGAAGUAAUGUGAAAUGUGGACACUAAUCGUUUAUUGAAAGUGACGAGGGCUGCCCUGGUUUUUUUCUCUGAUGUGGUGUUAAAGAUUGUGUACCAGCUACUGUAGGCUGCCUUGAGCGCUUUCACGGCCAAUUAAACAAUAUCAGGCAAAUUAAUUUCCUCACUGUAACAUUUAUACUGUAGCAAGGCUUUGAGGCUUUGAUAAUGUGAUACCAUUAACUACAAUAUCCAACUAUGAACAAAUACAGUAUCUGAGCUGUGAAAGCUCCGUCAUUAUGUGUCUCUUAUUCACAGUAAAUGAAUACAAACCAAUUACACAUUGAAAGUUAAAUUUUCGAUUGAAGAGACCCUGUGAUUACAGUUUUGUCUUGGAGCUGGAUCAUGGGACUUGUAUGUGAAACCACAGCUCUUGAGAUUGAUUAAUGCAAGCAUUCCUACUCUUAUACAAUAAGCGCCGCUAAACUACAGAAAGGGAUUAUUAGAACUGUUUUUUGUGCAUCAACAGAGUGAUGAACUGCGACAGAGGUGUGGGAGGGACUUAAUUUAGAUUAAAAAAAAGUUCAGAGGAAGGAAAAAGGAUUAGGAAACCAGUUACUUCAGACAGCGAGUGUGGUGAAGGUUGCUGUGCCCUCAACCCUGCCUGCUUAGCCUCCAUAAAAACCAGGACGAGAUAUUAAGAGAUGCAGAAGGGAUUGAGCGGUUUAAAUGAUUUAUUUCAGGCCUCGCAGUGACAUGACAUCAAAUUGAAGAGGCUGUGCUCUUUCCAACUUUUUUUUGGCGCUGCCUUUUUGCAUUUUCAGCAACAGUUUAAAUGCAAAGGAAGUCCUAAAACGCAUCCUAACCAUGAGUACAACUUAUAUAAUCAUACAUUCUGUGUAUAUAAUCAUAUAUGUGCACAUAUAUAAAUACAUACUGUAUAGAUGCAUUUGCCCAGCCAGUGGUCACAUUUCGCUGGCCGUCUUUUCUGGCUCUUUCAAAGACAAAUUCUUUCUUGUUCCCUCUGCCUGGUCUUAAAGGGGAGGAGAAGGAGGAGAGGAAGAAGGAGGAGAAGGAGGAGGAGUAAGACAAGCUCUACUGUAAAUAGGCUGUAAUCCAGCUGGGCCAAAGUCUGUCUCUAUAUGUGUCUCCGGCUGCUGCUGCUUUCUUCUUGAUCUCUUACUCUUUCUCACUUUUACCCUGAGUCAUUCUGUCUUUUCAAGCCCUCUUUAUUACUUCAAAUAAAUUUCCCUCCUUAGUUUGAGUUUGUUCGCAGCUACAGGGUUAUUUUCUGCAGACUUUGUUAUUUUUCUGUUUCUCCAGUAGCUCACAGUAAGGCAGAACUUGUUUGUUAUUGUUCUAAAGCCGCCGACCUGGCCUGCUAAUGCUGAAAUUCCUGACAAGCUUCCUCUUUGCGAGAAUUAGGUCACUUGUUUCUUCUCUGGAGGGUUGCUACAGUAGACUCUUGAAAUAUUGUGCAGUUUUUUUGUCUUCCCCAGGUUAAAAAGAAACAAUAAGAGGUUUUUAUUAACGCAUGAAAAUAUUGGUAAACUGUGAAAUUAAAGUUAAAUAAUACUGGUGUACAGUAACAAUCCUUAAAACACAAUCUUGUUUUAAUGAUGCAAAACAAAAUAAAAGGGAUGCACCGAAAUGAAAAUUCUUGGCCGAAACUGAAACACGGAAAGGAAUUAUUAUGCCAAUUAGUAGUAGCUACUAUUGCAUUUAUGGCCAUGACUUUGUACUAAUACUAAAUUUACUAAAUUUAAUACUAAGUUUACUAAAAUCAAGGCACUGCGAUUGUAUAAAUCAAUAUUAUUUAAUGUUAAAUUUUAAAUUAAUGUUAAUGCAAUUGCAACGCGAGUUUUGAGUUUUUAAGUCGAUACGUUUGCUGCUUGUUUUGAGUGGUUUACAGAUGGCGCCCACGAGUCAGGGGCAAAAACAAGCGUUGUUGUGAUCGGUACAGACGCAGCUAGAAGAAGAAGAAGAACAUUAGCGUGUUUACUUUCAGGCAGCCGAGAGUAAGAGUUGAGCAUGAGUUGGCAAUGUCAAUUUUUGUUUUAAGUUAUGAAUAAAAGUUAGAAGAAGUUAAACUUUUCCCUAAUGUCCGUUUGUGAACUCGGCUACAACAUCAGACGGAGUGGGCGUGCUCAGAGGGAUUUUCCUGCUCUGUGAAGAAUAUUCAGAAUGCCGAUUAAUCGGGAUGUUUGGAUUUUAGGUGAUAAAUUAAACCAGACUUUGAAAUGUUGGCAUUACACGCUUCGCUAGUCGCUAUCCAUAGUUCUCAGAUACAUCGAAAUAUGUCAACAUGGUAGACAUGUUAGCUCUUAUCCAGACAAGCGAGUGCUUAUCGCGGUUUUUGCUUUCGUCUUUGUUGUUUCAGUGAGAAAAGUGUUUCGGAUGAAAACCGAAAAUACGCUAUUUGUCCAUUUUCGGCCAGAAAAUUUUGGUGGCUGAAUUUUCAGUGCAUCUCCACAAAAAAAAAAAAAAAAAAAAGUUUUUUUUUUUUUAAGUCUUAGCGUCCCUCGAGUGGCUUUUAGGUCUGCUCAAAAGUUCGGAUGUUAAAUUAUCCCUUAUUUUUACAUAAGUUUGUCCUCCUCUGUUGUGCGCCACUUUAACGGGUUUACACUCUGCUGUUUGGCGUCUUCUGUGAUUAAUUUGUGUCCGCUCACCAACCCGGUCUUUGCACAUCAAUGAGUUUCACUCUCUCUGUGACAGUCAAAGGCCUUGUUCUAAUGUCUGCUGUUCCCUUUCCUCCACAUUACCCUCCCUGCUGGUACAUCAGCCUUUUAACUGUUAAUUACAGCUGACACUCGCCCCUUUUCCUAUAUCUGCUCUCUGCUGCGCUCCUUUUCUCUCUCUCUUUCUCUGCUCUCGCUGUCGUCUUUCCUUUUUUUUUUUCCCUCCACCUCCCUCUUUUCACCAAAAAAAGCCAACUGUUGUUUGUCAGAAUACAUUAGCCUUCUGUCAGCUCUGUUCUGUGUGGUUUUAGUCAAUAAGCAGUUAUUACAGGGUCAAAUGUGAUUUUUUCAUUUUUCAUUCUGUGAAACUCAAAAGCAGGUUGUUGGAGAAAGCAAUUACUUUGAAGGCCUGUAGGUUUAAAUUGCUGUUUAUGUUACGCUUGAAGAGCAUUUAAAAUAUUUCACAUACUUCAGAUUAAUGACGUACUCAUUUCGCGUAGGCCUAAAUACAUCUUUCACUCCAGUAAAAGCCAAACUUUUGGAUUUUCGUCGCAACAAACAUCAAUCAUUUCUAAGUUUUCUCUGUGCCUAAAACUGAGGCAGAAUGUGGCGUUUGGAAAGCCUGUUUUUCUCGCAGACGGCUGCAUACAUGCAGGCUGCUGCUGCUGCUGCAAAACAUAACACAGCACUGUGAAUGUGAGGGCUCCACUGCACUUAGUCAUGCUGUUCUCUUAGUGCCGUUGCUAUGGAACUGAACCCAGGGGUCAAGUUUUUCACUAUUUUAAUCUAAAACCUGAUGUAUCUGGAGCUGAGGAGAGUUUUUUUCUUUUAAACCAGCCAGUGAAAGAUUCAUAGAAAAAUGUUUUUAUUUUGAAAGAAGAAUUUGAGGCUUCUGAUGACAAACACAAACUGAAACCAGAGAUUUUUAAACACAGAAAAGUAUAAAUGAGAAGUUUGUUUUUCCAUCACUUUACAUUAAAUAGCGAAAACGGAUAUUAUAUCUGUAAAUCCAACAUGUAUGACAAGUCCAAUCUACCAAUUCUGAUGAAUGUAGACCUGACACGACUGCUCUCAUUUACUUUCUCCUCAUUAUUUCCCUGUCACCAUCCUGCCUUUUUUCAUAUUUCAUCUUCAGUUUUCGUUGAAUCUGAAAUGUUCCAGUUUGGUGUCCAGGUUAAAUUAAAGGUGACAGCUUCUGUCCUCACCGCAGGGAUUUGCAUUUAUGGAGAAUUUUAUCGCCGCCGCUCUUGUGAGUGAGAUACGCUUAAAGCUCAUAAAAGUGUGCGCCUUCGAGCCGAGAUUAUUAGAGAGUACACGUCAAACUAUGAAUAUGUUCUGAGUCUGAGUUGUAAUAUCAAUGAGCCUUGGCUGCAGUCUGUUUGAAUUAGAGUUGAAGCAAAUUGAAAACUUAUUCAUUCAUGUAGGAAAUGAGACAUUGCACCAUUAAUUGUGGUUUAAUUCCAAAUAAACCAAAGUUAGCAGAUUAUGUUGUGGGGCUACAGGGUUUAAUUAUGCUGAGAAUCAUACUAAGUGUGUGUGGGUAUGGUUUCAAUGUACAUAAAAACACACAAUAGUCAUUAUUUAUAUAAUUUGGGACUUAAAAACUACCGUAUUGUCUGGACUAUAAGUCGCACCAGCCAAAAAAAUGCAUAAUUAAGAAGAAAAAACACCUACCGGUAUAAAUCAUGUUUUUAGGGGUAAAUUUAUUUCACAAAAACCAAGAACAAGAACAGACAUUUCAUCUUGAUAGGCAAGUUAUGAUAAAAACAAUAGAAUAGAAAACAACAGGCUGAUAAGGUGUAUGGUAUGCUCACGUAACACAUUGAUGGUUAUUCAGCUACAUGAAGAAUAAACGACGAACUCAAUAGGUGUCUGAGUUCAUAAGUAAGAUAUUAAUAGUUAUUCAGGUAACUACCGUAUUUAUCGCACUAUAAGGUGCACUGGAUUAUAAAGCGCAUUAAGUCAAAGUUUAAGUAACUCAUGUAAUAACUCUGCGAGGCUAUGGUAGCUGCAGUGCUCUGACAAGGUAAAAGGAUUUUAAGUGCGCCUUAUAGUGCAAAAAAUAUGGUCAAGUAAAAAAAAAAAAACAUGAAAGUGGACAACAGAAUUUGCACAUGCACACUACAUGUUCAAAUCAACAGCUCCAGGAUUGGAAAGGAGCAGCAGGAAGAAAAAAGAUUCUUGUCUGAGCUGUCGUAGGACUAUAUGUGAAAUUCUAUAUUUUAAUAUAUAUAAGUCGCACCUGAGUUUAAGUCGCAAACCCAGCCAAACUAUGAAAAAAGUGAGAUUUUUAGUCCGGAAAAUUUGGUUGUAGUGACUGCUUUCCUUCAAGUAAAAAGGCCGCUGGGGUUUACGUUCGCUUGCAUCUAUGACUCGUUAAAUUAUGAGUUCGGUUUGAGUGUUAAAAAAGUAAUUUGUUGUUCAAAAAUGGAAAGAAAACACGCUGAGCCAGGUCCAAAACUUAGCCUUCAAAUGAAAAGGUGAUAUGCUGAAAUGAGGUUAAAACAGGAUGGAUGAAACGGUGAAAAACGAUGAAAAAACGGUCAACAGAAAAUUAUCCAUCGUCUGACCACACCAGUGAGAUUUAAAUAACCCGCAGAACAUACCAAAACCACACCUCUCAUCGACAAUCCCCGGAAUUAACAAAUACAUAUUUUGGCUCCAACAACAGUAACUUGUCUUUGAGAAAAUAACCCUAAUAAUCUCUUUUAGUUUUAUCACACUAUGUUCAAGCACUCCAUAAGCAACUCUAGGCUGCAUGAUAAUGAGAAAGAUGUGCCAUGAGAGGAGUACGGAGUUCAAUAUUCUGCUCACAUAUGCAAUGUUUCUGUCCAAGCAGCAGAAGCCAGUUCAGUCAUGGUUAUUUGUAUUUUAUUUUUCACUCUUGAGCCAAAGUGAGGUGGAGAUCAGGAAAAGAACCGGGGGUUUUGUCCACAGUAAGCUGUUUAUUUAAGCAGAAACUCUUUCACUAAAUUGGAAUUUGAGGUUCUUAGUUAGUCUUGGAACAGCGCAUUGUGGUCUCAGGGCCUAUGUUGAAAAAAAAAACAAUCCCUUUGGCUCUCCAUAGGUGACGCCUUUGAUUUCCUUUUUGAGUAAGAACAGUCUGCCAAGUAAUGUAAGCAGAGAGGUCUCUUAUCUUCAGGCAGCUGCGUGUGAGAUAAAGAAAGCGUCUUUUUUUGGGGGGACGUCUGCAACAACAGAAACCCUGACAUUUAUUUGAGGGAUAUCUCCAAGUUCAGAGUAGGAUUAUUAUUUGUUAACAACACAAUUAUUCAGAUUUUUGGGAGUUAUGUAAUGUUGAAGCACUUAGAGCUGCACUCUACCAUGAAAUAUUAAUGACAGAAUGAGAUGUUGACCCGCUCUUAGCAGGAAGACAGACAGCUCUGUGAAAGGCUGCUGACGCACACCGAACCAAACUUAUUAUUUGCCUGUUUUAUGUAGUUGAAAACCCCUGAGGCGAUUCUGUUUUCAGCUCAUCACAGCUGGUGUGGAAUGAGUUGAUGAUGCAAAAAUUGUGUUUCUUGAUUAGGUGAUGAAGAACAUGGAAGUGGUGCAUAUUUAUUUUGCUCAAAUCAGAUUGCUUGUUCUGACAAAUAUCUUGUGAUUGCACAGCCGAAGUAGAUAUUUCCUUGUAUGUAAUGUGAGCCUGUGUUGUGAGAGUUUCUGAAAGCUUAUUAGUACAAUACCAAAGAAAUUUGAGCAAGAAGACCACAUUGAGAAUAUGGGAAACAUAUGAAAAGCGCUGGAAUCUAAAGCAUCCAUUUGGGCUAACUUUGAAAUAUUUCCUUGGAAACAACGAGGAAUAAGUGCGUGUGCUUUUUCUUUUUCCUGUGUUUCUAUGUAAGGUGAAUCAGUGCACUCAUCAUCUGUCUAUCCUUUGCUCUAUCAUGGUUCCUCCAUUAAUGUAAACCCAAGGUAAAAAAUACUACUUUCACCACUAAUGGUUUUGUUUGCUUCCAUUAAGUCUAUGCUGCGGAUGCCAUUUUCAUCACUGGAUGAUCAAGGCUGGCGAGGGGCAAAUCUGAGCAGAGAUAAUUUUCAGCUAAUAUUUUCUCUUUGAAUUAUUUCGGCUCAGAUCUUAAACCUUCGGCUUUAUUUAGGAGAGCGCCGAUGCUCUGAAAAGCUCCUGCAGUUAGCUUUUCAAGCAAGAUCCGAUUUUUCUGUUCUUGUCUCUAGGGCUGCACGAUCGAUCAAUUUUAAAUCAUAAUGGGAUUAUUUGAUUUUGCCGAUGUUAAAAGAAUUAAAUUUGUCAAAUCGAUUUUCCUCUCUAUCAAGUGUCGCGCCUCCUUGCCACCGUGGCUCCCUCUUCCUGUGUAAACAAACAUGGCGUUUGCAAAAGAAGGCGGUAAUUUCGUGGCUAAAUAGGGCGAGAGCAAGUCAGUCGUGUGGAAUUCGCAGUUUCCGAUAAAGAGCAAACCACUCCCUGCUGCAAAGUCUGUCUGAAGGCGGUAUCAACCCGUCCACAUGGAAACCAAUUCAGAAGUAAACGCAAACGUUUUUGUCGUAUCGGCGUUUCAUCCACACGGAAUCGGCAUUUCGGGUGACUGUAAACAUUUUUGAAAACGGGUCAGAGAGUGCAUAAAUCCGUAAACGACAGCGUAACUCUUUUAUGGCGCCUGAAUACACUUGCUCUGUACUCUUCUUCUGUCUUUUGUGCAUUUCCUCUACAGCGUUACAGCGCCACUUACUGGCUUGGCAUAUGCACUACAUCAUUUUCAGUGGUUCGAAUUUUCGGGGGAAAAAAUCUGGAUUUUAUUUUCUGCCAGUAUCGCGCAGCCCUACUUGUAUCAAACGAAUAACGUUAUUAGUCUGCUCCUGUAAGCAUGGUCUACUUCAAGAGUUGUUGACAGCAGUGGAGGUAAUUUCCCCUUACAUGCUGUGAGCUUGUUGUUGGUGCUAUAUCUGUGCUUGUUUGGAUUACAAUAAUAAGAGCUGGUCCAAGUCAAUCACCUCUCCAGGGCUCUUAUCAACCUCUACAUCCCUCUUUUCCCUUUUUAUACAAGUCAGUCAGCUCACCUGAGAGAGAUCACAUCUGGAGGAUUUCUCUUACCCUCUGGCCGAGUCAAAGAUCAGAGCUGAGGCUAAUUUCUUCUGACUGUCUCUCGUCUUGUUGGCUCACAUCACUUGUUCUCUGUUUCUCUGUUUACCUCAGACGUGGACACUGAAUCAGGAGCUGAUCAUGAAAACUCUUUUAUCUCAAACGUAUCCUUGUAGGAUUGAUUUUUCUCAGCCCGUCGCUUCUCUCCAGUAUCACCCCCACCUCACCUCUUUUCCUUGAUUGCACCUGAGGUAGGAUAGACAGCUUCGCAAAGUGACAUUUAGUGCACGUCUGCGUGUUAAUUAUUGGCUCCUUUCAUCUCCUGCGUGUGUGUCUGCGUGCGUGCCAUGUGUCAUGUUAUGUUGGAGGGAGAGAGGGGGGGACCUUAUGUGCAGUAAAACUAGGUUGGACAAAUAAAAGCAGUGUUGUGACCUCGUGGACUGAGGGUAAAAGUCUGUUUGGCGUCUUUGAUAUCACCCAAACAAAUGUGACAGGAGAGGAAAGUUGUGCCAGAGGGUAGCUGGGAGCGCAAUUAACUCAUUCAGUGCCAACGACAGAUUUUGACGGAUUUUUCUGUUUUUUUUGUUUUCCGUCAGAGGGCGCUCCUCCCCAACAUGCGACUAAGUUUGGGGUCGUUUUGAACGCAGAAAAGCCGACAAAUAUCUCAUAACCAUGUUACAAUAAUAAAAACAAGUACUCGCUACUGAGAAGUGUGCCAUCAAGUGUGCCAGUUAGCCUAGCUGUGGAGCGUUUUUUGUCUAUGAGGAGAGUAGGAAAAUGCCAAGAGUUAACGGUCUUAGCGCAUCGACUACCAUCUCUGGAUCCAUUGGAGAUCCCGGGACAAGACAAUCUGAGAAACAAUUUUCCCGCGUGUCGUUGUGCCACCAAUGGCGAUACUGGUGAGCGAGACUGAGCUGGAAUUCAGCGACAGUCCCGUCGAGGAGGACGCAAGCAGUCGCGGCGUCAGGUUCUCAAGAUCCAAUAAGACUCCCGAUUGUCACAAAGUGACCUAUCACAAUCGGAUCUGAGUGGUGUCUGAGGAGGGAGGACCUUGAUGCCACAGAUAAAGUAGUUUGAAGUGAAAUGAAAUAGAUGAUCAGAGUUCUGCUUGAAAGUCUCCCCUUUGUAAAAUGUGUUUUUCCAGAUCGGCAAAGAUGAUAUGACCACGCUGCAUUGAGCAGGCGAUAACUAAACACAGGAGUGGGUUAGAGACUAAAUUUUUUUUCUGGUGAAAGAUGAGAAUCACCCCUUUCUUUAAAGAUAUUGUACUUAAUUCUAGAUACGAACAUUUUAUUGCGGUUAGUGGUGGCACUGGGUGAAAAUUGCAUAAAUGAACCCUGGCUCUGAAUGAGUUAGAAACCUAGAAUGCAACCUUAAGAUGCUACUUUCUCACUCCCACAUAAACUGUUUAACAUUUCUCAUCAGUGUCUUAGUCGUAAAUUUAAAAAAAAAACAACAACAUAAUUUUGCCUCUGAGAUUUAUUACUGUAUUUCAAUAAAUGCUGCACAGCUACACCUGUGUGGUCUUAAAACCAUGACACAGAGGUAGGUGGUGACCACUUCAGUGUUUUUUUUUUCAGCAGCAGUUGCCCGCUGACAUCAGUCUGAUUACCUGUGUAUGUACAUUUAGCUUGUAGGUGGCAGCUUGAACUCAAAGUACUUGGCCGAUAUUUUAAUUCUGUUUGACUCAAAGUGCAUAUUGCUUUUGACACGUCAUUUGAAGCUGUCUGGAAAUUAUUUAAAUUGAAGUGCUUGAAUCAAAAGUGCAUCAUAGGAAAUCACAGCAGCUGUCAAACUAGAGAAAGAGAAAAAACAAGACCCAGAGUGAAAAUAAUAAUAUAUAUAUAUAUAUAUAUAUGUUUGUGAGUGUUUUUAACAUAGACCUGAAGUCUGCUAUUUUCCAACACUUCUCUGCGGUUUUAUUUCCACUGCACAACUUUGCCUGUAGUGAGUGUUUGGCUGGGCAGCCUCUGUUUGUGCGCCUUAUAUAACCAAUACCUAUAAAUAAGUCCGUCGCAGAUGACACAGCAGUCAAAACAGUGGAUUAGUCAGGAAGUUGAAAAGUUGCCUGAAGAUAUGAAAAGUCAACAUUGAUUGUGUCUGCUCUGGGAUUUCAUUUGACAAAUCAAAUUUUUAUUAAAACAACAAGAACAACAAAAACGAAACCUAACACCAAAAACAGCAGAAUUAAUGACAAUAAUGGAAGUGAUCGCAAAUGGUUGAGAAUAAAACCGCUGGUAACACUUUACAAUAACCAUACCUUAUAAAUGGUAAAUAGACUAUUGAUAAAUGGGAAGCAGAAAGUUUAUUGAUAAAUAGCAUACAGACCAUUAAUAAAUUGUAAAUUUGACAAUUUUAAAAACCUAACCCUAACCCUAAAGGUCCUUUCACAUUGGGACCAAUUCUUCGUGCGAUUAUUUCGGACGUCAGUAUUUUUAGAUUCACCGGUAUAUCACCAUCAUGGCUGACCGACUGAUUGUUUACGUGUCGGAGAACAGAGUACCUUCAGACAACGACCUGAAGGACAACUCUUGGAGAGUCAUAGCGUCGGAUUUCUGAUAUGACGAUGGUUUGUGUGCUUUAACAGUUUGCGAAACGUCUUUGUUUUAACUUUCAUCUGUGCUAAGUAAGGCUGCAGGAUAUUGGGAAAAACUAACAUUGCGAUUUUUUUCAACACUGCGAUAUAUAUUGCGAUAUUAAAAAAUACAGGAAUUUUCACCAGAUGACCUGAAUAGCACUUAAUGUUAUGCUGCACUGCUGAAAUCUUGAGGACAGCUAACCUGCACUGAUCUUACCUCUUUUUGUGAAUGUUAGUAGAACGGCUUCUGUCUGUCUCAGAGAUAUUUUUAGCUUUUAUUGUGCUGGGACGUUAUUGUGGCAACAGGUGAACACAGAACACGUGUUUUGGUCGACAUCAUCCUUCUUGUAACUGAAAUAAUUCCAGAUAACUGACUUUCCUUUUCUUUUUGGCAACAAGUCUUCAUCUUCUGUGGUUUUCUCUGUUUGUUGCUCAGUUUGCGAUCGUUGUUGUUGUUGCUACCGGGGUUGUGCUGAGAAACGCAUGUCCUCCGAGAAUUGCAUGCACCUCACAAAACGCGCACUGCUUAUAGUAGAGUGGUCCACGGAAAUGUACAAUUUAAAACCCAUACAGUUCUUAUUUGUUGGGCUAAACAGUGAUGAAGAAUGUUCCGAAAGUAAUUCUCAGCGGACACGCGUUUCUUGGCUCUACACCGACAGCACCAGCGACUCACUCCAUGUGCAGGGGUGGAUAUCACCCAGGUUGGAUAUCACAUAUGUCUUAUUACUAAUCCAGCAUUUAAACUAUGCUGUAAGUUUAUAAGGGUGUGCAAAUGUUUUGUAAGACAUCUUGUCAGCUGCUGAAUUUGAGGCGUUGUCAUCUGUCCAAUAAAACAAGAUGGAAAUUGAUUCUGCCAACAGGACUAGCCAGAGGCUUUGAUAUUACAUGUUGGUUGCAGGACUUGAAAAGUUUUCACACUGUGUCUUUGGAAAUCUGUCUCAGGUUUGACUUACUUGCUUGGGAGUUUCAGAGUCUUAUCGCUGCUGGUGAAAUCUAAACUUCCAGGGAUCAUUUCACGGGGAUAACUCUAACUAGGCCUGCACGAUAUAUCGUUUGAACAUCGUCAUCGCGAUGUACGUGCGUGCGAUAGUCACAUCACAGAGUCUGCGAUGUCGGAGGUGAAUGAACUCAGUUAAUUUCAAGGGUAACUGACUGAGAUACACUCCAUGUGACUCUACAUGUGCUCCAAUCACCUUCGUUCUGUACUCAGUUGCCGGUAACAACAUUUUUUAAUAUCGCAAUAUAUAUCGCAGGGUUGAAAAAAAACGCAAUGUUAGUUUUUUCCAAUAUUGUGCAGCCCUAACUCUAACAUUAUUCACUCGCUGAAUUAAGUCGCUCUGGGUGUUUUGACUUUUAUUCCAUUAUGUCUUUUUUGAAGCACAAAUCUUGCACGCAGACUUAAAUCUUUAAUGCACACGAGAGAACACUUUGAGGAGGGAGAUAUGCUGUGCAUUCACUGUAUGUACACUGAGGAAUCUGCUGUGACCUAUAUAUGGUUACCAUGCAGCUGCCUCUGUGAGCUAAGAAGCUAACGAUGUGCUCCAUACAAUCGCUAAAUAAGAUGUGUGUCAAUACAGUACUUAAGAGCUGGCAGCAAGAAAUGAAUUACUUCUUUACUAACCCCCACAAACACAUUUGUACUAUCUCAAAUAAAAGAUUUUGUCAUUCUUCCUUCCAAAAAGUUAAAAAUCCAAAGGUGUAAAUAUUCUCUUUCAGUCCACGCUCCACUUCUCAAGUGAGAUUUGCCGGCGUUACCAGCCUCUGGGGCUCUCUAGCUGCGUAUGAUGCUGCAUUUUCAUUCCACACUUCAGUAAAUACUCCCGUCAUCUUGGACAGACUUCUCUCAGCGACAGGCGACUUCUGGUUUUGGCAGAGUGCUUUUCAUUUUACAGUAGCGCCAUCGCUCAGAGCUUAGAAACACUUGCAUGCGUUGGCACCGCUCCACCACACUAUACAUGCACUAUCGCGUGCAUCACCAGCGAUGGGAUAAACAAAACUCCAAACAUCUGGUUCUCAACGGGUCUAGUUUUUGAUACAGAGGAGCUGCACUCGUUUACUUCCUCACUGUCAGUCUGCAGCGUUCACUUCGUUCGUCUAACUUCAUUAAUCUUUUUGCAGACAGAGUUGGUAGUGGGCGUAUGUAAAUUUAACCCUCAGUUAGUCAGCCCUCACUGCUGUUGCCUGCUAAGCUGCUGCUGCUUCUUCUGCUGAGACGAGUGUUUUUACUGCAUUCCUGCCCUCUUGCUCUGCCCGCCCGUCUGUAUGCAUGACCUGAGUUUCACCAUCACUCACUCUGUUGGCAGCAGAGACCGCAGAGCUAACCUGGGUAUGGUAGGGUUAGACUCACAGAGCACUUUCAGGCCCUACACGUCGCCUCUCUGCAAACUUGCUCAGUCAGUGCUCGAGAGACGUUUACUUUGAGAGGUAAUCACCAAAAAAAGCUCCAGGCUAUAGACCCGUCCGCACAUCGACCUCGGUGGAAAUCCCAGAAAUGUAACAUCAUUAUCGCUCAUGAUCUCAUCACGAGGGGAUCAAUUUUAAAGCUGCGAUGCUUAGCUUUAGGUCAAUGCCUUCCUUGCAUUGGUUGCUCUCGAGCAGAGAUCUAACAACAAUUCAAUGUGGGAGUCAAUGACGCGUUCUGCGAGCAGCAGCGGCCGGUAAUGUUCGCCUGCUGUCAGCUCUUUUCUCCGUUUACUCAGACACAAACGCGUAUUUUCAGAAGCUUUGUCAGGCCUGACCUCGGGGUGAAGUCGUAUCCAGUUUCAGCUCCUUCUGUAUUUAGUGUAUAGCCGGGCUGACACUCAACACUUAGUCAGGGCCAACCCACAGUCUCCUCUGUGUUGUAUGUAAAGCUCAACUGUCAAUGUAGGCCAGGGGAUUGUGGAUCUCACCACAGCACAGUAGCACAGCGUAUAGCGCACCACUCCUUUCCACUCCCUUUUUCUGUAUUUAGCUCUCAUGGCAGAUUUCCAAGUUUCUUUCAUGUCUCUUUCAUUGACUUGUUGCAUGUAAAGGUGAACAUUUAUGCUCUUUAGUGUCUCUUGUGUCAGAAAUUACAUCAACGAGGCAAUUCAGCGCCUUUAAAAUUACUUACAUUCCCUACAAUAGUUUCAUAAGGCAGAAAAUUUCAAUAAUUUCCCAGACUGUAAAGACUCCAUAAGUAGAUUGUUUUUGUCGUUAUGGCUGCAAUAAGCCUCCUGUUAUGCAACCGCUGUCGGCUCAAAUGCUGCACGUCUGUGUUGCUUUUUCACUGCGGCAACAAAUGGAGCAACAAACCCCGAGCUUUUCAUUAUAGCGGUUAUAGUUUUAGGAUUAUUACUGCGCUAGUUUGUCGCUUUUAUGGUGUUUACAGUGAUAUUAAUGUGAGGAGUGCGGAGGACGAACGAAGAGAAAGAAAGAGAGGAAAACACGCAGGCGUUAAGGGGGUGGAAGACCUUCAUGUAGGAAAUUUGUGGGGGGGCUGAAGCAUUAAUGUGCUAAAUGAAAGCUAAUUACAUAAGGGCACCACGGGAAAUGGGUGCUGUGUGCCCCCGGGCCUUAGACAUCUAUCUGAUUUAAGAUACACAAUGUGUCAGCAGCAAAUCGAAUCUGCUGGGAGCAAUUGAAGGUUCCAUUCACACACACACACGCACACGCAAACACACUCACACACACAGGCUCCAUUACAGCCGUGUUAGACUCAUCCUCCCUGAUGGUGGAAAAAGUCCCGAGCUCAGUCCCUCCUUCAACAGUCCAGGAUCCCUGAGUGUCGCAGAUUGACGACAUUUUUUUAAAAUGUUAACGUUACAGAGACUCCUUAACGAUUCGAGUCCUUAUUGAUACUAGGGCUGCACGAUUAAUCCAUUUCAAAUCCUAAUCGGAUUAUUUGAUUAUAACGAUGUUAAGAAUACCGCACCGUAGUCUUAAUACCGUGAUGAUUUCGUACCAUGAGAUUUUGAUAUCGUUGCAUCCCUCCUAAAUGACAACCAUUUCAUCUCCAUGUGGAUGCCUAGCUGCAUCUCUUUGGAAAUGAUUAUGUGACACACAGCUAGGGUUGCAAAGGGUGGAAAAUUUCAGGUAAAUUUCCAGAAACUUUCCAUGGGAAGUUAAGCUGAAGAAUUUUGGAAAUAUUCCAAAUUGGAAACUUUCCUUGGGAAUUAUGGGAAUUUAUGGGAAUUAUUGGGAAUUUGUGUGAAUUAACUGGAAAAUGGUGGUAAUUUAAACAAACUGUAUCAUAUCCAAACAUAAAUGUAAAUAUUUUUCCUUCAACAUUAGCUUGUGUGAAUGCUUGCAUACAUCAGAUGGCGAAUGUGGCAUUUGUCUGUAGAAUAAAAUAAUGAAAAAGCUUGUAAAAACACUAAUGCAUUGGCAUGAACAGAAACAUAGUUGGCUAAACAACUGGAAUGGUCUUCGAAAUAUUUGACAAUUGAUGUUUAAAUUAUUGAAUGGUUUCAGAAAACCAUCUGGCAGGAGUCAGAAGAAAGAGCAUCACAUUUGAGGAAGCCACCACCACCAUAAUAAGCUGACUUUGAUCUCUUCACAGUGUAAUUGUUUGUCACCUCAAUUGGUUAAAAAGCUCAUUUCAACGUUGGAUUAUGAUUUUUAACUAUAUGAACUUGCUCUAAAGGACAUCAGAGGGGGACUGCACCCUUGUAGAUUUGAUGCACAGUGAUGAUGUGCUUGGUCAUGGAAUUGUGUUACCCGCCCUUUAAAAGAACUGAUUUUGCAACAUAAACCUCAUGCCAGCUCAUCUCUCUAUUUUGCUGUGAGAAAAUAUAGAAACACUUUGGACCUCUUUAGUCAUCACUCUUCAUCAGGAAGGUUAACUAUCUGUUUGCUGUUCAAAAACAAGCAGACAGUCUAUAAAUGUGUGUUUGCUGCUGAUGUAAAGAACAUGAUGUGACUUAACUCAAAAUAUAACUUCAGGGGACCCUCAAGACUUGGUAGCACACAUAGAUUUUCAGGUUUUGAAAAAUGUUAAACCCGGUUUUCGGUGGAUCCAGUUGUCAGUUCUCAUUCCCAUUUCUAGGGCUUUGCAAUGUUUGCCAUGCUGUCUAUGAUGGCAGCAGUUUUAAGUUUUAUUAUCUACAUGCACAGAAACCAGUUCCCUGCGUUGUAAGGUGCAGGGCUGAGAUUAGGUGAUAUCAGACAGAACCCUAUUCCAGAUUAUGCAGAAGCAUGUUUAAGGUCAUAUGACUGACAUUACACAUCAUGGCAUGUGACUGUUGCAUUCUAGGAGUGAGCAAUAUGGGUUAAAAAGAUUAUCAUUGUAAGUUAUGCCAUUCUGGUAAUAACAAAAAUUUUUAUACUUUCAAUCUGUAUUUUUGACUCAUUCCGUCUUGAAAACACCACUUGGUGUAGUCAAAUAGGAUACAUAACCACAAGUUUAAGUUUCAUUUAUCGAAAACUCUUAUUGAAGCAGCAACAGAUCCACUUUCCAAUGUUAGGCAUACCUGAUUGCACUCAUCUAAGCCCCAAUCUUAAAGGAAAUCCCUCAUGUGUAGUCUGGUUUGGCAACAGGCUGCUCAGAGACGUCUUCUUUUUAUCCUAAGAUGGCAAAUAUUUAACAUAGGGGAUUUUUCUGAUGAUAAAUCGUGAAUGAUAAUUUAUCGCUCAUCCCUAGGAGCCGAUCUGGUUCCUCUAAUAGUUCUUAAAUGUUCUGUUGAUCAGCUGUCUGAUUACUUGACUGUUUUUAUUUUCAACCAUAGUGUCCCAUUAUACACCUGUUUUGAUGCGUCAUUCAUAUUUUCCACUUGUGUCCAGGUUGUGUAAAUACUACAUGAACUAGCGCCUGUGCUCAUGGGUCUAGAAGCAAGAUGUGGUCGGGUGCAAAUGUGCCUGUUGCGUUUCAGAGAAAGUAAGACGGCCAUAAGCGAGCAUGGUUUCUCCUGCUUUUUGCUCACCCGCAGGGAUGCACAGCCACGCUGCCACUCACAAGGAAAUACCAGUGUUUUGUGGAAUUGGCUGUUUACCUUGACUGAGGGCUGGGAGAUAACAGCAAUUUUUCCCUCGUCUUCGUCGAUCACGAUACAGAGGAUGAUGGCAGCCUGAGACUGCCGCCAAGCCUUAAAUUAUGUGCAGGCUAAAACACAAGCAGAAACAGACACACACAGACUCACUAAUACGCAACUUUUUACACUCCUUAAACAUAACUUCUAAAUAUAAACGACAGGGACCAGUACGCCCAAAUUGUAUCCAAUCAAGCAGCAUUUUAAGGGUGUUAGUCAUGAUUAGAUCCUGUCCGAUAUUAUCAGAGUGCCACGUGUUUUUGAUGACUGAUAAAGGAAUGCUGCUUGCCCUAUGAAUAAUUUCAGCUGGUGUCUGUCACUUAAAAAAAGGCCCUUUUUCUCAGCUGCUUGGAGAAAUCGUUUUAGUACGUUAAAAAUUGACGUGAAAUGACCUGUGUGAGUUUUCAGCAUUUUAAAGUGCAGUGUGGAAAGGGGGAUGUUUAAUAAACCGGCUCAAGUCUGGUGUGUAAAGUAGGGCUGGGUGAUAUGGCCUCAUAUCAAUAUCACAAUAUAUUGAGCAUUUCACCUCGAUAACGAUAAAUGGACGAUAACUUCUCCACGAAACCAUAGCCCUACCUACGCACAUCCAAAACCAACUUUUAUUUAUUUAUUUAUUUUUAUAUGUUGACAUGGGGAAAAUGAUGCCGGUUAUUGUCGUAAAUUUCAUUGUGGGUAAAUUUUCGGUUUAUUGCCCUGCUCUAGUGGAAAGGCUGAAAUCCCACGUGUACAUGUGUGGCACACCUUCCCACAAGCGCACCCGACUCUGUGAGAGAAAGCAGACGCACUAACUGGUUUGAUUCAUCACGCUCAAAACACGUCUAUGAAUAAUCGAUUGAUUUAAUCUAACCUCAUUAGACUUUGUUCUUCAUUAAGUGCCCAGACUGUGUGACGCUUUUCUACCAAAAUGUGUCCAGACACGCCCUAAUUCACUCUUUAGAAAUAGAGUUAGUUCUCGCUUGUUUCACUGUAUUUUUUCAGUGACUGAUUUUUACAUAUGAAAAUAAUUGUUUUAAUGAUGAAAAAAUACCUAAAAGUUGUAUAAUUUUGUUUUAAAUGGACAGAAAACUCAUGUUUGUAUCAGCCUGAUGCUGCCUCAAACGUAAAUAAUGAUGCCCGUGUAAUCCACAGUUUAAGCUCUUUAACUAUACUGAUAUCUGAGGAUUCAGAACAGUUUGUACUAAAAGUCUAGACGGUGUACAUUUUCGGAAACAAAGAUCCUCUUCAACUAUUUGACAGCACCGUCUCCAUAUUUUUGCCAAACCCUUUAAUUAACAUACUUUCACAUUGCUGUGAAGCAUACGAGGUUAAAAAGGGAUAAAGUUGAAAGAUUGUGUCGUUUCCCCUUCAUUCUGCUCCCCGUGGUCGUCACCAUGUGGCCUAAUUUCCUGCAAAGCUCCACAUUCCAGCCGAGCAUAGCUACGCUCUGGAGAUUCACCAUGUGACCUCAUCUAGCCUGAACUGUCCCCCUUCAUACAGACGAAGAACAGGAGAAGUUGUGUCUCCUGUUUAUCUGCUUUUAACUGUUUGCUUCUGUUCCAUACAUUAUCUCGUGCAUCAAAGUGACGAGAAGAAAGCCGUGCUGUUGGCCCUGUUAACACACUUAACAGUUGAUUGUCUCCUCACUGUGAUCUCCUCUCCCCUGCCUACACACUCUUGACUCUCCUCUCUAUUUAUAACCGACGCUUGAUAAGGAGAUGCUGUAUGUCGGAAAUCAAUAUCACAAUACUGACUUUCGAAUCAUGAGCUUGAGCAAACCCCUCGCUGAUGUGGUAAUGUCAGUCAACCUUCCGUUAUCCCUUAUUGUGCUUCAUUACUUUAACUACUUGUUAUCAUCUGUUUAUACAGGAUAACCUCAUACCACAAUACCUUAUUUGACUCUGAGGUGCAUAUCGAAGAUCCCCAAGUCACUUUGCUAAUAAGAUAGAUUUUGAUGCAUGAAGCAGCAAAUUUUUGGGUCACCUUGAAAAGAGGCACCACCUUAUUGAACAUUUAAAGUCCCACUCUGAUUGUUUUUCUUUUACUACUUUAAGUGUUCCCAGUGGUCUUUAAAUUGUGAUAAAGGUUUUUUUUAAGCCAAGAUUGCAUUACCUGUGUCAUUUUUAAGGGCUUUUCUUCUACAGAGCUCCAGUAGCUCAUUAGCAGUUCGCUAAAGUAAUAUUUUACACAAGCAGGCAAGUGGGGCUGACUCCAGAUGAGGUCAGGACUGUAUAAUGUGCCAAAUAUGGCGAUUUUCGACCUAACGUACCACACAUUUUGACUGAUUACUCAAAAAGUUAUGGAAUGCCCAUCCUGAAACUUGCAGGGAUGCUAGUGGACAUGAUAGUCUUUCUUUAGUGUGAAUAUGAAGAAAAUUGAAGGACGAACGUUUUUUGCUAUUUCAAUUUAAGUUUUUGGUCUUUUAUAAUUUUUUUCUGUUCCAAUUUGGGAAAAAUGUUAUGAACAGAAAGAUAGACCUUGAAGAGAGCUUUAAAAUGACACCUGAAUCAGCUCUCUAGGUGCCAUACUUCCAGAGAUAUGAACACUUUUGUAACGCAUGUCAUGCUAAUUAGCCAAAAAUUCGUUAGCCCCUAUCUCACUAAUUAGGUGGAUUUCAAAAACUCCCCCGGACAAGACCAGACAAGCCAGACAGCCCCCUGUAAAAGAGGACAUAAGGUCUCCCUAUCCUCUCUACUUCUCCGAGUCUUGCCUGAACAGUGAGGUGCCAGGGGGCGGAGCUUGGAUUUGUGACGUAGGAAAUCACAGGAAAUCAGAUUUGAAUGCAGAAAUACUCUGAAAUGCAAUUUCACACAGAUUUUUCUCUUGAUAUGUCCUGUAGCAUCAGAAAAAUGCCAUAUGAACAUGUAGACAACAAGAAAAACAUGAUUUUCAUCAGAGUGGGUCUUAAACUUGUUAUUGUUUAUUUGAAUCAAUUACAUUCGGAAUCACAUUAGAACAUUAUUUUACAUUUCUGAACAUGUAUUGAGUCUAAAAUAAAAUGUGACACAUUUCUUUCUCACACUGUAGCACAUUACAAAGUUACCACCUAUUUAACUUCUGAAGUGUAGUGCGGUUCUUUGCGAUGUUUUGUAAUUGUUGUCAGUUAUGCUGGAACACAAUAGUUCUUACUAUAGUUCAGUUGAGGAGCGGUAAAUGAUGUCUGGGGCCUGAUGAAUCAAAGCAGCUGAAAGAGUACAGGUAUUUAAGUGGAACCAGAAGAACAGUGCUAUUAUUGCUAUUUCUAUGGUGCCAAUUUAAAUGCUCCGUUUACAUCAUAUUGAUCCGUUAAGAGUGCCAGUGCAGCUUUCAAUGCUAACACUGCAUAAAGUUAGUUCUCCUAAAGUGCAGUGGAGCGGAUUUUACUGGCGUUACCACCAGAGUGUUAUAACAGCCUACAGACAGGGGAGUCGGGCUGCCCUGCCUCAAGUCGUCCUUCAUCACCCUCCCCUUGGUUUGUAUAACAGUCAACUUUGUGGUCAUUCUGAGAUUUGUUUUGAUCUGUUUACACUCGACGAGACAAGAGCGCUGAAAUUCGUCCUACUGACGUUAUUUACUCAGGACUCAGCGCUGGUUUAAGGUUUCCAGUUAUAAUCCUCAAUAAUACCAUUAAGACUUGAGCAAAGUAAACAACUUUUCCUCAAUUUCAAGUCUUCUCAAGUCAGCUCUAGUCUUUGCGUUUUCCUUUAAAGGAAAGAAGACAAAUCAGCUCCUAAUUAGGAUUUCAGACAGAAUCUAAAAGAGAUGUUCACCAAUUUGCUCAUCAAAGCUUCUGAAACUGAGACUAAUGUGUCCCUGACUCAGUGUGAGCUCGUCUAACAGAGGAUUCAACAAACUCAAACAAAACCGAGAGAGACACACUCAGAAAAAAAUAAACAGGUAAAAUAAAAAGUGGUAACACACAAACACCAACUGUCUGUUUUGUGCACUGGAGAAAGGCAAUGCCUGUCCGAAUAAUAAACUUCUUUUCCCUCGAGUUUUCACUUCUGCUCCAUUCUGAGUCACUUAUUUAACAGCCGCCUUAAAAGACCUGGGGGACAAUUCACCGCUUCGGAUGAAAUGCGUCCCUUUUCUUGCCAGGAUAAUUUGGGGUUAUUGAAUCAAUUUGCUUCUCUCUGUAAGAAUCAGAGAAGUGUUUGAUGAAAAGAAACUUUGCUGGUCCUUUAAAAUGGGAUGAAGAAAUUGUAAUGUUGUAAGAUGUUUAUUCUGGCACAGCUUGAGUUACUCUUUCACAGCCACAAAGGACGCUUGGUUGGGUUGAAGUCAAGAUUGAAGUCAUGGGUAAAAAAGAAAUACAUAAAAAAAAAAAAGCUGACAUUAACCUGCGAGUUACUCUGCAAGAAAAGGUUUUGCAGCUUUGUGGCCAUUUCUGACAACCUGGGCCAUAGCAUUUGUGCCACAUGGCAACAGUUUUGAGAGUAGUUGAAAUAGCUGUUGAUUUUCUGAGUCUAACUUUAAGAUGUUUUCACGUAAGGCUGCACGAUUAAUCGGUUUUAAAUCGUAAUACUGAUGUCCGACUGUUGCAUAAGAAUGACCAGGUCUGACUUGGGCCCCCCUUGAAAGCUGAUUGGCCACCUCUGAUGACACCACCUUAAAACCCUAUAUUAUGAAAUGCUAUCAAUUAGGGCUGCACGAUUAAUCGAUUUUAAAUCUUAAUCGGAUUAUUUGAUUAUGACGAUGUUAAAUCAAUAAAUAUCGUCAAGUCGAUUUCCUCUCUAUCAUGUCUUCUUCCUCCAGGUGACGGUAGACACCCCCUUCCUGCAAGAGCGCUCGCCAGUUCCCACACACACCAGUGUAAACAAUCUCCAUGUGGAUGUCUAUCUGCAUCUCUUAAAACAAUUAUGUGACACACAGCGCAACUCUUAUGGCGUCUGCGCGUGUCCGGCGCAAACAACCUUUAUACGCAUGCUCUGUACUCUUCUUCUGUCUUUUGUGCAUUUCCUUGGCUGCAUUACAGCACCACUUACUGGCUUGGCAUAUGCACUACAUCGUUUUCAGUAGUUUCGUUUUGAGAGAUGAUCGAAAAACCUAUUGUUAAAAUGAAGUUUGGGGAAGUCGUCACUGAAUAAAAAAUCUAAAUCGAGUUUUCAGAGUAAAAAAUCGGGAUCUUAUUUUUGGCCGAAAUAGUGCAGCCCUAUUCUCAUGAUGUGGUUGCAAACGUUUCCGAAUGACACUCAGGAAUACAACGAGAUACAAAAUCGAGUUAUAAGAUACGAUAAGAUUUGACUGUUUUAGUCUUCACAUGGAAAUUGUUCUUAUGCGAUCAAUUGCUGCAGAUUUUCAGCUCCCUGCACAGUGGUGCAAGUUAAUACUGAUCAAUAAAAACAACAAGCAGUCACUGAAGCUGUUGAGCCUGCACAGAGAGGAAAUAGAAGAACAAGUGAGGUGACAGCGUCAUGUGGGAGCUGUAGACUCUCAGACGUAUAGCUGGGUGUGAUGUGUGGGUGUGUGGAGUUUUGAGGGAGGGAAAACAGAGAAAAGAUAGAGCCAUCAGAGAAUCACAUGAUGAUUUCUUUAACAAGGGUGGCUUUAUAACGGCUCCUCUUGAACGACUGGAGACGCCACUCACUAAUUUGAAGACCAAAGCUAUUACACGCUCCCUGUUGGUGACACACACACACACACACACACACACAGAAAACACACAGUCGCAUAUGCUGUGUAUGCUUGUCUCUGGGUAGGUGAGUUGGAUAAUCCCAUGACUCGCCUGACCUCCCCCGUACUUCCUGGCUGUGGUGACACCUGAUUGGCUGAGAGGCAGAGUGUGAGGAGGGGGAGGAGGAGGUGUCUGCCCCAGCAGCAGUAAAACAUAGAAUAUUAUAUAACCUCUGCAGAUGAGGCGGGGGUGAAGGGAAGAGGAAGAGGGGAAAUGAGCACUGAGAAAGGACGACAGGGGAGAGAGAAAGUGAGUGAGUGAGAGCGGUGGAUGAUGGAAGGAGAGGAAGUGAGAGUAGUGAAAGGCAGGAAGGAAAAAAAGUACAGUGAAAACAGUGAAAACGGAGAACAGGUUUAAUGCUGCAGGGCUGCACAGUGUUAACAAGCAGCUUUAUUAUGUUUGUUCUGUCACUUUCUAAACAAAAGAAAGUAGGAUACUUAGAAACGACCUGCUGUUUGUGCACGCUGUCUUUUUAAACAUCCAUGCUUUAAGAUAAAUGCACAGCAUUUUUAGAGCCUUUUGCAGCAGAAUAAAACAUCAACACAACUGCGAAUGUCUGCACAAUUUAGUCUAGAAGCCAGAUCUCUUUAGAGGAUGCAUGAUAUCAUCAGCCCAGUGUCAGUUUUAUUAGAUAACAGCUUAAAAAGUAUCAGUAGAUGUGAAUAUUUCUUAAAAGUUGAUGCAUUAAUGCAGCUCCUGGUAUGACAACUUUCCUGGCCAACAGCGAGCUGUAACAUGUCUUCAAAUGAGCAGAUAUUUUUCACAUACGUUGAGUAUUUUGAAGUGUUUGAUUCUGAUAACAAGAAUAGCUGUUUGACUGAUUUAAGGAGGAGGAAAACUACACUCUCUGAACACAUUUAAAGUGCGCAACUCAAGAAACAUUAUCCUGAACAGCACUGAGAGUUUAUGACGCUGAGCUUGGAGGCCAGCGAAAACCAGCUGCCUCUAGUUCAGUUAUAUAACAAAGCUAAAAAAGAAGCAUAAAUAUUUACCCUAAGGUCAGAGAGCUUAACUUAAAAUAUAUAAGUGAAUUCAUUGCUCUUUACAACAAUCUUACUAGCUUGCUCUGCAGGCUUGUAGUUCACCUGGAGGGCCUUGCUACUAAUGCAACUCAUAUUAGCUCCACCAAUAACACUGAGAUUUCUGAGAGACAGAAAAGUGGAGCGAUAUUAGAAUUGCACACAAAUGAAAAUCUAAACCAAUCUCAGGACUCAGAGUAAAAUGACUUCAGACAUUUCUGACACACACCAUUAGAUUUAAUAGCACCAGUAGUGCAUAUAAUAAAACACAUGUAUAAAGUACAUUUGAUGAUGUCACUUGUUAAGAGUCUUACACACACCAGAUGAAAUGGAAUAAAAGUGUUACCUCGGGUUUAAGAGGGAAAAUACACGAGACAGGAGAGAGACGCAAAACAUGUCUUAGCUUAGUCCUUCAAAAUCAACACGAGUUAACAGCUAAUUAAAUUCUGACAGCUGUUAAUGAGUGAAUAUGUGACAGAUAAAACAUUGUAUACCCACAUUUAAAAGUAGGUUAUUAUCGCUCUCAAUGUAAAGUAUAUGUCUCCUGUCAUCAUUGUUUAAAUGCGCACUAUUGUCAUUUUAUGUGAGAUAUAUUAAACAUUUAAUUUUUCACGACUGUAGCCCACGCCUGCAGAUUGUCAUCGUGUUCUGAAAUAUUGUUACAGAAGUGUUGAUAUUCGCAAAGCAUAUAGUGCUUCACUGCCGAAUAGAUUGAUAUGGAAGCCAAGAACGGCCAUGGAUUUUUCUCUUUUUUUAUGCACUGUUAUCUCAUGAUAACGACUUAUUAUCUCGUUAUCUUGAUAUGACAAAGUUCGUUUUCUCAUGAUAACGGAAAUGGCGGUUAAGCCGACUUUUGAAAAUGCACUCCAGAUUAGGAUAUUUCUGAAACGCAGCAGCCACUGUUAUACAUAUAAUCAUAUUAUAUCUAUGGUUAUCAAUGAAAACGCUGAUGGCAUGCUCCAUUUUGCACAUUACACUUUCAACGUGGAAACAUUCAACUGUCAUGCCCAAAUCGUUGAAAGUGCAAGGCGCAUGCACAAAAUGGAGCAUGCUGUCAGCAUUUCCAUUGAGAAAACCUCAACUUGCUGUUGACAAUGGUGGUUGUGGCGUUUCAGAAAUAUCCUAAUCUGGAGGGCAUUUUUAAAAGUUACUGUUGAGGUCGGCUAAAACGCCAUUUCUGUUAUCGUGAGAAAACAAACUUUGUUUUGUCGAGAUAACAAAAAUAAGUCAAGAAAACUAACUUUGUUAUAUAAAGAUAACGAACUUUGUUAUGUCAAGAUAAUUAAAAAAAAACAAGUUGGGAAAACAAACUUUGUUAUAUAAAGAUAACUGACUUUGUUAUGUUAAGAUAACAUAAAAAAAUAAGUUGGUCGAGAAAACAAACUUUCUUAUAUUAAGAUAACAAACUUUCUUAUAUCAAGAUAGUGAUUAAACAAAACAGAAUGUAGCAUAAAGAGUACCAAGUAAAUGCUAGAACAGGAAACAAAUGGUGUUAUUCCAGUGGCACUGUUAUUAGCCAACAUAAGUUUGCAACUAUCAGAAUAUUAGAAACAGUCAAAAAUCGGGUAUCUUGCACCCCUUUUAAUUUGUAACUAAAAAAAACUACUAGCAGUGUAAGUUCAAUCGCAAAAUUGAUAAGUUGAUUGCAGACAGAGAGAUCUGUGAUUCUUUUAAUAACUUGUGAAUAGUUUGAUCAUCGAUAAGUCUUCAAUUCCACAAAUUUGCUUGUUUUGCCGCUCUUGUAAAGAUUUCUCAGUUGUAAACUUAAAACUUAUUUUUCUCAAGCUGUCAAUUAUAAAUCAUCGCAGAGUUAUUAAAAGUUAAUUUGAAUCAACUCUGAUUUAGGUGCAAUCAAGAUUUGUAUUAAUUAUAUUUUACAAUGUGGUCAAAUGUUGCCACUGAGAUAAGCACUGAUAUCUUUUUUUGUCAUUUUGCAGAAUUACAGAAUCAAACAUCCUAAUGAACACCCUACUAUCACCUUCAGAAAUUGAGUGUUUUUUUGUCUUCAAGUUAAGCUGACGGACAAGGUGAACCAAGUUGUGCCAUGUUUUGCCUCUUGAAUGUAGAUUACACCCCCCCACCACCACCACCACCCCCAAGCGGGUCCUCAAUAAUGGAUGACCUUACAGAGAGCCCACUCGCUGCUGGAGUGGGUCGAGCAUGAAGGAUGUUCAUUAUGUGCCAAGGUUGUGCUGCAAAAGAAAGAUUGGAAUACAUAUUUUUCACUUUAAUUUUUUACUAUUCAGCUUUAAUGAAUGUUCUCAGAAUAUAUAAAAAAAUCAAUAUGACUCAUUUCUACCAUUCAGGCUGUCUCUACUAAAAUGUACUGCAGAAUAUACCCUGAAUAAAUAAGUAAAUGAGUAGAUCAGCACCUGGAUAACUGCUGUUUGUCCUCAAAAAUGUGUAAAUAGUUUUAACAUAAAAAAAGACGUGAGCGAAGAACAUACUCAACAUUUCCUUCAUCACUCUUUGGCAAAGCUGACCACUUUUCCGUAAUUUGCGUCAAUACUCGGCACUGUAAAUGUUCUCAUACCCAACGUUUCUGUCCAAUAAGGAACCACGGGUCUCUCCCAGCGCCAUCUCAUGCCACACGCUCCCACACACUGGCCUUAAAACGCUUUGAUCCAUAUGGAAAAACGAUCCUUUCCCUGGUUCCCACUGUAGCUACUGGUAUACAGUUCCCAAGUGACACAGAGGGUCAGCCCGGUCCAGCUCUCCCUCCGUGUGGACGUUAUGUUUUGUUGUGGACAGUCAUCAGUUUCCAUCACCUCAUCAUCAUCGUGGUGUAAUCUAAUAGUGUAAGGAAAAUAUACAUAACCUCAGUUUUACAUACAGCUGCUCCGGUUUGACUCUGAUGUAGUUAACGAUCAGUGCGUGCGUGUUUAAUAACUUAAAAUCAGCAUCCUGAAUAUUGCAUUUCACUUAUCAACAUUAAAAUCAAAUAUACAGCAUUUCAUUGCGAACUUAGUCGAACCAAAUUGAUUUCCUGUAAAUUGCACACUUUAUCUGAAUAUAUACUGAUAGAGUCGAGGAUUAUACAGCCUUAUGAAAAUCCUGCAGGUACAUACCGCCUGUUUCAGCAGGAUAGGGUUUAAUUUAUUGUUUCUGUUCUUCAGUUUUGCUGCCAAGGCCCUCCAACAUUUCUCUCAGUACUGACACAUAUUGUUAGCACGUGUCCUCGCUCCAAAAAAGUAGAAGUAAAGACAGUGAGGGAAAUGACUGGUAGCACAUCUCUGGGUGUAAACAGUGUCUGUCCAGUGUGCAUAAAUCCUUGUUACAGCUGCCUUAUUUCAACCCAGUGCAGCCAGUUCUGUUAAAUAACACAGGCAUACUGAUAAAUGCGAGCAUACACACUAAGAGCAGUGUGGGUGGAGAAAAAGCAGCAAAGGGCAGCAACCUGCAAGCUGUUGUGAGUGCGCGUCUGUUCGUGUCUCCUUCUUCUUCUUUGAGCGAGAUUAAUAAACUUUUAUGUCUUGCGUUCCCAUGUGUGAUUUUUGGUGCAUUUCAUCAUGUCAUGCUUUUGUUUAUCAGCAUACACAAGUCUUUUUUUUUAUGUGUCUGCAUGUGUGUUUUUUGUUGGAGAUAGAGCGAGGCUGAGUAAGUGCACAUGUUUAUUGCACUCCAGUCCAGUACGAAGGCGUUCCUAAUGAGGCUUGAAUCUGCGCUGCAUGGCUCAGAGCCACACUUGUUGGCUCAAUGAUGGGAGGAGCAUGGGAGCUGGAGCAGAAGUAAUGGGGUUAUAAAUGUUUAAUUCAAACACCACCCUGUGGUCGAAAAGAAUCUUAAAUCAGAGACAAAAAUGCGUCUGAAAAUCUGAAGUUAUUAAUGGAGAUAUACUCGCACUUGUUUCACUCGUUUUUCUCGUGUCAUGUGAUCAUGAGCUUCGCUGGCAGUCUGUCUUUCUUUUUCCGGUUGCUGAGCAAUCCUGAGGGAGCCAUCGCAGGUCAAGCAUUGCUCAGUAAUUAGUGUUCACACAGCAUCAGUGUUCAAGUCCAGCCGUGGAGGCUUGAAGUUGACAUGUUACGAGAGCCAGAAAGAUGAGCAUAGAAGCAGGACAUAGUAUACCUCAUAACAUCAGGACAACUUCUAUUAAUAAUAAUCUACUACUGCCAGUGACGGACUCCAGAGAGAGGAGAGGUACAUAUUAGAAAGCUUCUGCCAGCUUUUUCACACAGCUAGUAUUACCUGUUAAGUUUGAUUAUAGUGUGUAACAGAUGAUAAGGUUACACUGCGUACUUAUUUGAAGUUAUGCAGUGAACGAGUAACUGCGGGACAUCCUCGAGAAGUUGUAGAAAAAGUCGUUGACAAUGCAGAACAGCCUCCUAUCACAUCAUCUGUGAUGCAUCCUACACGUUUCAGUUUGUGCAGGAGAGUUGCACAACAUUUGGGACUGAUUGCAUGUAGGAUUCGAGGUGCCAAACGUAGGUCCGAGUUUUUGUCGGAGUUGUUCACUGAACUUCUGUGGGGGUGUGAAAAACAGUUAUAAAAUUCAGAUUAUAUAACUCUCAGGAUAAGCUGCACAAGGACAGUCAUGAAGAGAAGUAAAUUGCUGUUCUCUAGGCAGAGAAGUCAGACCAAUAUAAAGAUGAAAUAUCAUUGUGCAGUGAAAUUAAAUGAUCAGCAGUCAAUUUAACUACAAAUAAGACAAAUACACUCGGCUUGGUUUUGAGUUUUUGCAGCAUUUCUUUUUUAGUUUGAAUAAAUCUUCUCUCUCUCUUAGUCUGUGUUUUUAUUUUUCAAACUUGUGCCAAAUAUUUGAGUUAAAGUCGCACUGGAAAAGUUAUGCUGCGUUAAGUUAUUUUAGCACUUGCCUAGUCCGAAUAUAACAAGUACAAGGCAAGUGCUAAAAUAAAUUUCGUAGAUGAAGCCAUCUUGUUUCCGCCUCCAUAUUGCUUUUUUCCGACUUGGUAACUGAAACGUUGGUAACUCGGGUGUGACGUCAUUUUCAGCUCCGACAUCUGACUUCCGACGUAACUUGAACGCAGCAUAAGAUAUCGCUAGUUUUGGUUGAAUGACAGCACGUUUUAAACUGCUGUGUUCGAGUUACCUCGGAAGUCAGAAGUUCGAACCGGGAAUGAUGGGUUACCCGGGUUACCAGCAUUUCAGCUACAAAGUCAGAACAAAGCAAAAAUGGCUACAUCUACGAAAAUUAUUUUAGCGCUUGUUAUUUUAGUUAUUUUAAGUUUUAUAGCAUCCCCUUUUGUAGACGUAGCCAUCUUGUUUCCGCCUCCGAUUUUGCUUUGUUCUGAUUUGUAACUGAAACGCUGGGAACUCCGGUGUAACGUUAUUCCCAGCUUGGAAAUCUGACUUCCGAGGUAACUCGAACGCAGCAUAACUCUCCUUAACAGGAAGUAGCAACAGCAGCACGAUUAAAUCUACACUGCGGUAAAGUUAGUUUUAGGUUGGAUAUUCGACGGAUAUUCACGGCAGAUCUAUCGGUGUCUUGCAACAGCGGCGCAGUUAAAUCUACUCGGCACCCUCGCUGUCAACGUCAGGUGUUCAAUAAGGGACCGUUAAUAAAUUACCGGUUGAUGUUCUCAAGAAAGGCUUUUUUCCUUCAAUAGAUUCCAUGUCAUGUGACCUAUUGACCUAAAAUUGAUUUCAAAUAAUAGCACUAAGGUCGACAAUAAGACACACCUCUUAUUUCCCUAAUUUGUCCUCUAAAAAAUUGUUAAAUUUAAAGGCAAAUUUUGAACAUUUUCUUUAAUAGCUUCCAUGUCAUGUGACCAAAAAACCUAAAAUUGAUUUUAAAUAAAAGUACUUAUGUUGACCAAAAAGACAAACAUUAUUUAAUCAAUUUUCAUUGUGCCCCCAAAGUUCUUUGUGUGCUCCUUACUUAGAAGCACAUGCACUACUUGUGAAGAAAGUUAGUGUCAAGCCCUGAUCAUGACGUCAUGCUCUUUCCACCCUCUCUCCUCUGUGUUUACACCAUCUGCAAAAAAACAGUGGGUUUAUAUUUUAAGAUGACAGCCAAAAACGCAAUCGAGCCGCAAUCGGAAUCCUCUCUGCGUGUUUUGGCAACGAUCUCUGCUGGUUUAAACUGCAAAACUGUGGCUAAACUCCUCCAUUGGGUGUCAGCAACGAUACCCCCUCUUUUUGGCAUCGGUCCAGUUUGAAUAAGCAAGUGUCGUCUUUCCAACAACCGCGGUGGGCCCGGCCAGUUUAGGUCAUGCUUGUUUGGGGGAGACAAAUAGGGAUGGCUCACGGUGUGUUAGAUAGACACAUAAAAGUUUCAUUUAUAUUCUCACUCCGCUCUCGUGUGGCAAAGGUGGCUCUGCAGUUAGAAAGGACAGCGAGAAAAUUAGUGGGACAAUUAAAGGGCUAGUUAGAGUAAUUAUGCAAGACUAAGAAAGCAGGGCUGAGUUAUCUAUAGGCCUGGAUCUAAAGUCAUUAUCAAGCCUUGCAAGCCAACGCUGUUACAUAAUGCCCAUAUACAUUCCAACAUGUGUGCUGCCAAAACAAACAAGGCAGUGGAGAUUUAAGCCCUACUAAUGCGGUAGAAUUCCAGUCAUGGAUUACACAGCAGUGACAGUCUAACACUGGAGUCUGGAGUCUGUUUGGUCAAAACACGUCUCUUCAACCUGACGUUCCCCCAAUGCACAUCCUGGCUCCCGGCCCGCCAUACAUCUGACAAAUUGGUGUUGGUGCCUACUAGCUGAGCUUCACGCUGCAGUUCAGGCGUCUCAGUUACUUGAAGUGUAAUUAUAGACGGUGGAUGAUAAUGACAGCUCGGCGUGUGCGCCCGCAAGUUUCUCAAGGGGUUCAGACAUGACUUUAAUGUGCAGCGUAGUAAAAAAAAAAAAAUCAGGGCUUAAAAGAGCUGUCUCCUUUGAUGGGUGUUUGGCUAACUCGCUGAUACAUAAGGCACGGAAAAGGUCAGUGAGGGCACCGAAUGAACAGAGUGUCACUAUUAAAGUCAGACGGGUUCAUCUGAGGACAGCUCACCUGCCAGUUAUAGCUGACCUUUUUGUGCCGUGUUUUACGGUAUCUUGUUUGAUGACUCAUAUGUUUUUUUCCAAGUUUGAAGGAGAUCAGGAGAGCACGAAUAGGAAGCCUUUAAACAGUCACUGACUUUAUGUGUUUGAGGGUUACAUGACAAACUUUAAGUCCUCCGUUAAACUACUGCGUUCAAAUGUGCUUUAGCGGAAGUGUGUGAUGUAGAGGCACGCGAUCUGACGAUUUUAGAUCGUGAAAGAUUAGAAAGUGAUGAUGAUCUGCCAAAGCACAGAGAUCGUAGAAUCGUCUGAAGUGUACAUUGUAUCCCUAAUAUGUGUCUAAAUAAAUUUCUUGCCCUCUCAAAUUUUGAUUUACCCACAAAAUUAAUGUGUUACACGUUGAUUAAAGUAACUGCAGUAGCAGAAAAAUCAGCUGAAAAAAGGACAAGAAACAGAAUUCACUUCCUUUUUCAUGUGUUUCUUCUCAGGCUGACUCUCACACACACACCCCUCCCCCUCAGUAAACUUCCAAUCAUUGUUUAGUAUGCAAAUAAGCCAGGAAGUAGCCAGACGAUGGUGUCAGGUUUCAGCACAGAGCAGUAAGAUUUAAAAGAAGCAGCAGAGCUUUGCCAAAUUCGUCUUAGUGACUCGUUAGAUAAUUAAUAAUUAACAAAAACAACAACAAAAACAAGUCAUGUUAAAUAUAACAGUGAAGUGGAGAGGAAGAGAGAGGGGAGUGAGAGAAAGAGGAGAUUUUUGAGCUGUUUAGUUGUGACCAAAAACAAAAGAACCAGCCAUAAGAAAUAGAGAGAGAGAAAAAAAGAAAAUGCUCUAUAUCUGUUGUGUUUUGUAAUUAGUUUUAAGUGAUUUUUAUGAUUUAUAAGACUAGAAGACUACCUUUCAUUUUUGUAAAUAUUGACUUUUGUGUGUGAAGUCGUAUUUGAGAAUGAGACCAUCCAGUUAAGAUAAAUGUUAUUCUGUUUGCUGUUAAAAUUUUGAUAUUUAUUUUGAUAUUUUUUAUUUCUACUAAUUUAUUUCUAAUAUUUAUGUAUUAUUCCUGUUAUUUAUGUCUAUUAUUUGUUUAUUUAUUUUUUAUUUCCAUUAAUAAUUUAUUUUUUCUAUUUUUAUUUCUAUUAUUUAUUUAUUUUUUAUUUCCAUUAAUAAUUUAUUUUUUCUAUUUUUAUUUCUAUUAUUUAUUUAUUUUUUAUUUCCAUUAAUAAUUUAUUUUUUCUAAAAUCAUGAUAAAAUUGAAAUCAUAAUUUUGCAAAAGAAAAAUCACAACAUGAAUUUUUUUGCCAUAUCUCCCACCCCUAGCGUGAUGGCAUCUCCUCACCUAACAUGAAAACAACGAUUAGCCAUUUCACAGUCACUGUGUCUCCUUCCUUGAAACAUAUCUUAUUUUGAAAUCUUGAAAACUAGUGCAAAACUGUGUUUCUGUUAAAAAAUACUAAAUAGAAAUAAAAAUAGAAGAAGGAAUGAAAACAAAAUAAACUGUUAUGUAAUCUGUAUCGGUCGAGUUUGUGCAGGAAUGAUACAACUCUACUCCUCCUCCUUCACACAACAAUCUGGCAGCCAAUCAGAGCAGCACCUCAUUAUGGUAUCCACUCAUAUCACCACAUGGAAACUGAGAGGCUGCAGAUCCUGCACAGAGGCUGAAUUCUAAACUUUGCUUAUAAUAAUAACUGGGGACCUUCAAUGUUCAUUCCCAUGUCGACAUUUAUUUUUAUCUUUAUAGUUUAUGUAAUAAUGGAUGACUUUGAUAAAAGAGACGCCAACAAUUUUGUCCUUUUCCAGCUUAAAUACUACCCUUAAUAGUCCUCAUAUGUCUGAAUGGUUUUCAUGUCUCCUUGGAGACACAUUACUUACUGUUUAGGCUGCUCCCUUCUGCUUUGAAAUGAUCAUCUCCACAUUUACAUGCGACUCACUCUUCUCUUCAUAUUUCUCUCUGUUCUUUCUCUCCAAUCCAGCUCAACACCAAGAGCAGCCGAGACCAGCAGCUCGAGUGCCGCAGGCCAAUCCAAGCCCAGUGGGCAGACGCACAAGAUCUGUCUGGUGUGUUCAGACGAGGCCUCGGGGUGCCACUAUGGGGUCGUGACCUGCGGCAGCUGCAAGGUGUUCUUUAAGAGGGCCGUCGAAGGUUAGUCUCAAACACUUGACUUGAUGUUUACUAGUUAACACAGACAUGACACGAGGGCGAAGUAUGUCAAGUCAUCAGAAAAUAUCAAAACAAAUAUAAUAGUCAUUGUUUUUCUGCUUUGAUUGGAUGAAUUGUAGCCACAUUAGUUGUCAGAUUUGCAUAUUCAAACCUCUGUUAGAAGAUUCUGAGCUUGAACAAAAGCACCCAACAGCGGCAGGUUAGCAUCCAUCAACUUUGUACAUUUUGUCCCCGAGGUUUUUUAUCCAUUUGAGUUACAUAAGAUCAGCUCAUGAAGCCAUUUCACAACUGUUUGUUUUUUUUUUGUUUUUUUUUUAAGGCAAAAAAAAAUUCAGUUAUAUUUCAAAGUCUGAGGACAGAGGGGAAAAGUACAGAUUUUGUUGACCUUUAGUAGACGCACAUCAUGUACAUGCCUUUCAGUGGGUUCUACUGCCAGUCCUGGCCUUGCAUGUCGGCAUCUCUUCUACUCUCGCCUUACCUGUUUGUCUUGUGUUAAAGAAGAGUUGACCUAGAAUUAAUUUUGAUUGACAGCAACAAAUUGCCAAGGGCGUUCAAAAACACACUGAAAGUUAUUACUGCCAUGAUACUCCUCUGAUUUAACCAAGUGCCUCCUAGAAAAACAUUAGCUGUAUUAAAGUGCUUAUUAAAACAGCCAUCUAAUGCUUCGCUCCAUGAACAUUUGGUGUCUUUUUAACACAGAUUUUAGAGAAAGCUGCUUGAGAACUAAUUACCUCGACAAAAUCUCAAGCUGGGAGUGUCAGGAAUGCACCUGACAAACAGAGAGUAAUUUGUGUUUUUGCAAUGCAUUCCAUCUCCCCCUGCUUCUCAUGGCUUCUGCUUUUUGAACUGUCUGUCGUAAGCUGUCUCUACAGAUGUCUAAUUAGCUUGAAUGGGGAACUGUUCUCUGGUUUAUGGCAUUCACUGGCAUUGACGGGGUAUCGCUUAGGAUGGCAGCUCUGCUUCUAAUCGCACAGAAAUGAGCUCUCGUUUCGGUGCCGGUUCAAAGACCAACAGCCUUGUGGUUUCCUUUGACUCCUCUGCAACGUUCACGCUCUGUUAUUUUCGGUUUUCUUUUUAUCUUUGACUAAUGUUCCUAUUGCACUAAAGCGGUGAAGGGCCAAACUUACAUUUCUCUGAAUGUAAGUUGACGCACUAAACAUAGAUUUUUUUUUGCUUUUCGCUGCUCUCGAGGACAAAAAAAUGGCAGAUUUUUAAAAAAAUGUUCUUGAAUACCGUAUUUUUCGCACUAUAAGGCGCACUUAAAAUCCUUUUGGUUUGUCGGAGCACUGCAGCUACCGUAGCCUCACGGAGUUAUUGAAUUAGUUAUUGUUUGGCUUAAUGCGCCUUACAAUCCGGUGCGCCUUAUGUAUGAAAAUAGACGCGUUCAUUGAUGGUGCGCCUUAUAGUGCGAAAAAGACGGUAUUUUAAAAUACAUACCUGUACUUCUACCUCAGAAAAUAUGUACAAAAACUGCAACACACAUUAACUAUAAAAUCAAAAUAGUAGGACUUGAAAUGAGCUGAAGAAGCUGCUAAAGUAUUCAUGUUUUACUUCAUGCUUGUUAUAUGAGCCGUACUUUUAAGUGCUGGUUUAAAUACCGAGCACGUAAACGUUCAAACUGAAGACUUGAUUUCUGAAAAGGCUGCCUAAAUUAGCACUGAAAAAAGUCAUACCUGUUAUUUCUCUUUCUCUCCCCUCCACCUCAUUCUCCGGUCGUUGUCUCUGUGAUGAAGGAUGGAGAGCACGACAAAACACUGAUGGUAAAUAAACACACUUUUAAAUAAAUGAUAACAAUACUGAUGACAAUGAUGAUUAUGACUCUGAUGAUGGUAGUACUGUGACCUCUGAUUUGCCUCUGUGCUUUUAUUCCUUCAGCACUGAAAUAUGACCAAUCUGCUUUCACACAUGCAAAGCCUCUCCCUAACAACUCUCUCUCUCUCUUAAUGCAUGCAACUGUUCUGAUUUGGAUAUUCAAGUCGGUGUCAAUUGCCUGUCAGUCAUUUUGUAGCCGACCAUUUCUGCUUGGAAUGCUCCACCUCAGCUUCCUCUCCCGAGGUCGAUCCAACAAUCACAUUCACACUCAGUCUUUAAUGAGACCUAUUCUUCUGCACUUGACCUACAUUUACCUUUUAGAGAUCUGAUGUCACAAAUCCAAUCUCAGCUCUUUUUUCUUCCCGCGCUGUGCUUUUCAUGUGUUUUAUGUGAGCUGCGUGUGUGUCACUGUUUUUUUUUUUUUUCUGAUAAUAACAUGUCUUGAAGCCAAGUCCCUGCUUCUGCAAACAUCCUGCUUGAACUGGUAUCAGUUUAUCUCACCUCAAAUUCAGAUCUGAGUCCACGGUAACAUACUGCAGAAAAAAAAAAAAAGAGCUAUGAUCAGAAGUUGAGUUUAAAGCUUCAUUUAUAUGCUUUGUUUGAAUAAAUUUAACCUAAUGAGCUUUUAACAGUAUUUUGCUGUCAAAAAGAACACGUGUACUCAUUUUAUCCCCAUGACAGCAUUGGAACUAAAGGGUUUUGUGAAGACUUGGAUAAGAAAAUAUGCUUCUUUAUACAUCUGAUAUACAUCUGCAACUACCGCAAAUGUGAUAUAUGAUAUGAUCCACACACCAGUUAAGCUGCAGCGAGGUUCAAUGCCAUAUGAUGUGGCUUAUAACAAAGAACGGUAUGCGAUUGAAGGAGUUUGAUUAUCCAUUAAUUAUUUAUUUCCUGUACGAGUCACCCCUGCCUGGUCCAGGUUCACAGAAGAAGAAUGAAGUACCAUACGAAACACUUUGUGCUUAACACUCUUUGAGCAGCAGAUCGGCCCCUUCCAGCGAGCAGCAGAGAGCAAUUUCUAUGUAAUGAGCGAGAAAAACAGACAGUUAACCCUUCACAAAGAGGUCAGCCGUGAUGGCAUUGAGAAAAAUAAAAAAUCAGCUGGUGUUAGCAUUGUAAGGCUGGCUAUCUUUGCAAGUAAAAGGAGGAGAUCUGGUCUGUAAGUGAAAUGAGUUGUGAGUAGGGUUGGGCAUCAUUUGAUUUAAACGGUUCCGGUUCUGAUUCCGAUUCCUCGUUUCAAUUUCGGUUCCCGAAUGUUUUUGGGGACAUGAUGAAAGUUAAUAUCAUGGUUAGCUUUUUUAAUCCACUAACACACAUGCUUGUUCUGCGAUCCUUCUCUCUACUUCUCCGAGUCUGGCCUGCAUAGUGGGGCUCUGGGGGCGGAGCUUGGAUUUGUGACAUAGGAAAUCUCACUGUGUCUGAACCUGCUGUUUGAGUCUGUGAGAGGUUCACAGAGAUUUGAAUGCAGUAAUACUCAGAAAUGCAAUUCCACGCUUACUUUUCUCAUUAUAUGUCGUGGAGCGUCAGAAAAAUUACCAAUGAACAUGUAGACAACAAGAAAAACACUUUUAAGAUUCAGUUACUAGAAAAGUUAUUUGUGUUUUAGUGAACUCUGACGCCAUUAUUUGUCUUUUCCAAUCUGUAGGUGGUCAAGUUAAGUAACUCUGUACCUCCUUGUAGUGGGUGAACAGUCUUAACAACCUGCCCACAAAGCAAACACUUAGUAGUUUCCACAUGAGUUGGUGCUUGCUGUAAACCCAGCAAGAGGUUUCACCUAGCAAUGCUAAUGGGUACUGCCAGGCCCCUGUUAGCAGAUCAGACCAGAACAAGGGAGUGAGGAUAGUGGUUGGACUCAGCUGGCACUUUGACACCACAGAUGGCUGUUUACAGCAUUGUUUGCUGUGACUUACUGUUUCAGCCAUGACUGCAACUGGCAGCGCUCAGGCCACUCUCCGGUUAUCGUAUUAGUAACCCUGCAGAUACAGUUCAAUGCUUCAAUAACCCACACAGCUUUCCAUAGUGUAAUUCUAUUCAUCUUUAGUGGUGUUCACGCAGAAUAAAGUAUAUUUACAGGCCUGCGAUUGCCGCAGCUUGCAGGUUGCUGAAUUCAUAAAACUUCAGUGGAAAUAAAUGUAGCGUGCUGCUGAUCUGAAAUGUCAUCAUGCUGAGGUAAUCAUUUGCUUUAUGUCCCAGAUUCAGUGUUUACCAGUUACAUAGCACAUGUGAGACUGCCAGAUCAGGAUCAAUUUUCACCUGCUUGAGAGCACACAGCAAACUGCACAACAGACAUACAGCCAUAGAUGUUUUUUAUUAUUAUUAUUAUUGAUAAUACUGCAGAGUUGAGUCUAGCUGACAUGGUUUAGCCUCUUGUCUUGCUUUUAUUCAUAGAUUGAAGAGGACUAAAGCUUGCAAAUGUGUUAGCGAACAUAACAGGGACUCUAAAGUAAAAUAUGAGAUAAGAAGGUCUUAUGUCUUUCAUGGGAUUUUUGGUGCUGAAAUUUUAAUACUUAAAAUAAUAAUUUUAAUACUAAUACUGAUUUGUUGCUUUUAUUUAAAGCACUGUGAGUUAGUACAGAGACAGACUGAAAUUGAUACUGAUGCCCCUUUAUGACCUCCAAAAGCAAACAAGACCAUCAAGAGUGGGACUGAGACUGUCUCUGUUGCAAUUUUUAAUACCUGAAACUAGUGUUGGGCGGUAUGAACAAAAUGUUAUAUCACAUUAUGAAUAAUUUCAUAUUAUUGUAACUGUAGUUAUCACGGUAUGUUUCUGUAAAUUCAAUUAAUGGCUUAAAAAUAACCAUACUGUCGCAUUUGUUCAUUUUCCUUUUAUUUUUAAACUCAGAUUUGUAAACAAAUGCAAACAAAAUGUAAGACCAGUCUGGCAAUUUUUUAUCAUAUAGCGUACCUUUGCCGAAAGACUCUGCUAACCUAUUUUAAAUGAGAGGAGCUGCUGCAACUUUAGAUUUUGGUGCAGCAGGUGCGUCACGCAUCUUUUGGCUCUCAUAAUAGAGCUUGGCAUGUUUCAUCUUUAGGUGGUGGAAGAGGUUUCUGGUGUUUUCUCCUCAAGCAAUGACAGCCACAGGACACUCUUUGCAUAGUAUUGUUUUUUGAUCGUUGUCGGAUUUUCUAAAUCUGAGGAAUCUCCAGACAACCGAUGUCGCGACUCGCCCUUUCUCGGAACGAGUUCCUCCUCCUCUUCCUCAUGUUGGGUGGGUUGGGCUGCCUCCGUUUGCUCGGUACUGCCACUAAUCUCUGCGUCCGCCAUGACCACCACCGGUGAAGCUGCUUCUUCUUCGUCGGAACAAUGCCAAGCAGUCUGCUUGCUGGUGAUUAUAGGGAGUGCACCCAAACCUGACCAAUCAAACGGAGCAAACAAACGGAGCGAAUAAACUCUGCAUGACACGCUGCCGAAUAUAUGGAAACGCACCCAAACGGAUGCGCAGAUGUCCAGCUUUCCUGUUAGCGAGCGCAGAUAACUACACAAUAACUCAGAGAGAUAAGGCUUCAGACAUAAACGGUAUAGCAAAAUUUCUACUGGUAGUCACUUUUAUCCUGUCACACAAUAUAUACCAUCAUACCGCCCACCACUAUCUGAAACUGGUGUGAGGGGGUCAGGUUUCAGACCGGACGAUUGACAACAGACUGAAGGAGCACCCCUGCUUGGAACUUUGUGAUAGCAAAUGCUUACCGUGGGCAAUACUUAUAGUGUUAGAAGACAAGAGGAUGAGUUUUUUUUUUUGUCUGAUAAGGCUACUUUUACAUGUGCAGGACAAGUGCCAAGUGGUCCUCAGGGGGCGCCAGAACCAUCACAAACCAAAAUUUCUGAUUUUCUUAAAAACUAUAAAUGAUCGCUGUCAUGCUGGAAUAGUAAUGUACAGUAUAUAUGCACAACCAACUUAUGACUGACUGGUUUGUUCAUGACCCUGUUGGGCCAAUAGAGUCACAUGAUAUUUAUUUGAACUCACUGGUAAAAUCCUUACUGAACACAGUGUUCAAACCUGGUUUGACAUCAUUUCAGAAACGUUUAAGGUUUUCUGAAUACAAAGAAAGCUUUUCAGAGAAAUAAACACUGCUGCAGUCGCCUCUGGGAUAUAGUUAAACCACUGACUGUGUAGCAUUUAUUCUAUAGCAAAUUCUACAUCGAGGCAUCAGCAACCGUCAUAUUGAGUGCCCUUUAGUUCAAAACGCUGCAUCAAACACACAAGAUUUCAAAGAUCAGCAACAAUGUUUGUGGUCCCAAAGGGCAUUUGUCAAGGCAGUGUUGACUUUGUAAUGGUCAUGCAGAAACUUAUCAGUUUGAGGAAAAUAAAUAAUGGUUAGCAGAAGAUUGACAGGCAUACUUACCCUGUCGUUUAGUAUUUUCAUCCAUUUAUAAAUCCAUAAAAGAGUGACACUUUCAAAGGCAGAAAAAUACUCCAUGUUAGCAGGACUUGCUGCUUUUAUUUAUCCUUUGUAUUACUGCUGCUAUCACAGGCAGUGUUACACUGUUUAUAUUGAUUAUGCUAUUAUACCCACCAUGGGAGUCAUACCGCCAGGCUCAAGGUAAUCAUUGUUUUACUACCUUAAUGUUUCAUGCUGUCUUAACUCAAGAGGUUAUCAUCUUUAUUCCCAUUAGAGAUCAUUUCUGAACAACAGACCAGAUAGAUGUUGAUUUCACACAAGUUUGAACCCAUAUGAACUUCAAUAUGAGAACCAAAUAUGCAGGGAUUUGCACAGACUCGAAAAGUGUGUUGAACUCUUCAAAUUUCACUCUGAAAAUACCAUUCCAAUGAAAGUAGUGUUGUUGUUUUUUUUUUACCACAGAGCUUAAAAGCAUAUAAAUAGUUCAGCAUCACAGAUCCUCAGUCAGCUGGUUUAAUCUUCAACAUUACAAACUUUCAAGAAUUAAAUCCAAUAGGUUUCUCAAUCUUACCAGGAUAUAGAUCAAGUUAUAAAAGAAUUCAAGAGAGUGUCUUCUAUGGUCUGUGUGAAAUGGAGUUUUUUUGUUUGUUUGUUUGUUUUUUUGUGGAGAGUAGUUUUUUUUUUCCCUUACCACAACUGGUCUAUUUUUUUUUAUUGUUUUUAGUUGUGAUUGAAGUUUUUAUUUGAAUGUAAUUUUUGAUAAAACAGAAUGUGAGUCCAUUUUAUUUUUGUUGUUGUUGUUAGUUCAUCUUGUUUAAAGUUCAUCUUGAGAAAUAAAAGUUUAGCGUUUUUGACAUGGUGUACUCACAUUAUUAUGCAAAAUAUUAUCAUUAUAUAUAAUUUUAAAAACAUUGUCAAUAAUAUCGUUUAUCGUCAAUAAUUUUUAGGACAAUUAUCAUCCAGCAAAAUUUGUUAUCAUGACAGGCCUAACUCCAGGUCUGGCAUGCUUCCAAUCACGGUCGAUCGUACAUUUAUGUGAGUUUUUGUGGAUGGGAUUUAAUUUAAAAACGAUGACGUGUACGGGACUUUUUUUUUUAAAUUGAGGGGGUUGAAUAUUUGUUUAUAAAAGUGUGUACAAGGCUUUAAUCUCUUCCCACCACCUCUUUCUCACGGUGUGAAAUGAGUUCAGCAGCCAGUGUGAGAAAGUGACUCUUCAACUACAUUUGAAGUGAUUCGUGUUAAUCAUGACGAGUGUAUUUCAUGGAAAGAAUUGUCAAAGUGAAACCUAAAAGAGCUGACUGCGGCUGUGCCAUGUUUUCCGUUAUGAUCUGAGACGUACAUUUUUGCCCAUUCGACUGUUAAUGUCUCAGUUUGAACCCAAAAGAAUGUGUUGAUGCUCAGGACAUGAGAUUCAUGUGACAGCCCUCAGGCAAUAUCACACAAGUAUGUGGUAAGAGGAAGAAAUUUGUUCCAUAGCCAGGGCUAAUUCUGCUGAAAUGAUAAAGUGACAUCUUUUCCUAGAAGAAGAACAAUUACCAAGUAUGACAGUUCAGCUCGUCACAAUGAGGCUGGGAUGGCCCAUUAUUUUAACCUUUACACUUGAAUCCAUUGAAUGUUUUUGCUUUAUUUCAGCUUCAUGGUUGUUUUAUUUCAUCUAUCGGUUUAUUUCUUUAUACGCCAAUGAUUCAGUUCUGCAUCUGUCAAACACAAAGUGAGUUAAAUGAGCUCUCAUGCACUGCUAGCUUAAGUUUCCCAGUGGGACCACAUAGGCCGCAAUUUUAAAUGUGGACCGUGUUGACAUUGACCGGUUGUGGGGCUUAAAUAGCUCUUUACACAAUCGUGGAUUAUGCUGAGUGUUCUAAGUACAGACUUGAGGAAGUGGAGCUGUAAACACUGUUCGGAUGCCACAGGCUUGUCAGGCUUUCUGUGGAGUCAACAGGUGGUUAUUGUGGUCAUGAUGCACGCUGCUUAGUCUAAUCCUCCUCCUCCCUCUUCCUUUUUUUCCAGGCCAGCACAACUACCUGUGCGCAGGGAGAAACGACUGCAUCAUUGAUAAGAUCCGGAGGAAGAACUGUCCCGCCUGCCGCUUCAGGAAAUGUCUUCAAGCCGGAAUGAACUUGGAAGGUAAAAAGUCUGACCUGUCUGUAAAUCUGCCAAGUCUAAUUGAGACUGACAUUUGAGUGGUAUUUGCAGCUGAAGCGGAAAACUAUGUGGGCUCUGGAGAUAUCUAGCACAAAGGCAUCACACCUUCCUUGUUAAACAUAUGACACAAGCUGGCCCCGAACAGCAUUACUCCCAUUUAUUAUAAGCAUUAGGAAGUGAACCUUUAAAGCAGUGAACAGGUUUUUAAAGCCCCUCUAAGUGGAUUUUUUAUUAUCUAAAUUUCAUACGUUCAGUCAGAAAGUCUUAGCAUCAUUAAAAUGUUCGAUCCUUGUAAAGUAAUGUGAGCAAACUGGAAUUCAGCAAGGCUCAAACAGAUGUAUGUGUAACGACAGAAACGACGCAAGUAUACAACCUGAAAUUACUAAGUAUUCAAAUAUUUGGAGGCGAAUUUUGACGCGCCUGACUGUACACAUCAAGCGCGACGCGAUUUUGCGACUUUCCGGGGAGGGGGGACGCGUCCCGGGUCGAAGCGACACGUAAACAAUCAGCCGGUCGGCCAUGUUGGAUAUACCGGUGAAUCUGAUGUCACAACAACACGCAAUCUGAUUGGUCAGAAGUGGACACACAGUAUGCGAAAAUAUUAAUGCCGCAGUAUCGCAGGACAGGAAAACAUCGCUGAUCUGAACACUUGUAUUGGCAGGAUAGGGGUUUGAAAAAAAAUAUAGACAUCCGAAAUAAUCGCACGAAAUUGUUUAAAUUCAAGCUCCUGUGAAAAACCCUCCAGAUUUUGGGGAUUUCGGCGCCCCCUGUGGACUAAGCAGUCGUUGCUUGUCCUCCACUUGUCCUUGAGUCGUGUCUUCUGACAAAAAUCUAAUCCUGCUGACUUUUAACACUCAAAAUGUGUCAUUUAUUGUGAAUAUUUUAUGAAACAGCUGCUCAUCUGACACCUACCCUCUCACACAGAUUUCAGGCAUUUAAAAAUGACAGUUUAAAACAUGUCAGUCUUGUCAUUGAUGGUCUCGUCUGCUUUCGUAUAUCAUGAAAUAAUAUAGAUAUGAAUUUAGAGUAUUCAAUCAAUGUAAAAAAAAAACUCAUAGGAGCUUUAAGUCGCUGAAUCAUGUUUAUUUCUAAACUGAAAGCAUAAUAAAGAGACUCAUACUUGAUUACAUAUUAUUCAAACAAAAAAAACCCACUAAUUAAAACUUUCUUAAUGUCCUUAAUCAGUUUAUUUCACAUAUUUUUUGUAAUGCUCAAACUUAAACAACUAUGAAGUUUGGAUUUAUUAAGGCCGUCUUGUUCUUUGUAUCUGCUGAAGACUCAUCACAUGACCAAAAUGCAUACCAGUACAUGUUAUCUCAUUAAUUCACCAUGUAAUCAUUUUAUAUACCCUCUCUCUUACCAAGCCAAGUACAGCCAUAUUAAAUUAUAAACCAUCUCCUAUAGUUUGUAAUCAUUCUGUCUCUGCUUAUAAUCAUAUUGGGUUUCUCAUGUUAGCCUCGUGAACAGCAGUCUGAGUUAUCCUGCAUAUUUUGUUCUUCAAACGUCUGCUUUGUAAUUCAGCUGCUGUUAGUCACUCAUCUGUAAGCGUGUGUCAUUGCCCGUGAUUGUGCUGUCUUGUGCACGUGUGCUGGUAUGUAGGCCUGGCACACAGAGAAGGUGCCACGUCUUCACACAAACACUCAUCGCUAAAUUAACCACCGUCAAGCCCGAGCCACAGCCUUGGAUCUCUAAUGAUUCUUCUUCAGGGGGAAAGAUUUCAAGAAACCCAAGUGCAAGAGGUUCACUGUGCCGUUCUGUGAAAUUGUGUCCAGCGGUUUAUUCAAACCAGUGAUGAGUUAGAUGACAUGUAACCAGUCCAGAGUUAGUCGCACAAAAGAGAAAGCUGUUUCACGUAUGAUGAGGGAGAGACAGAAAGAAAGAGGGAAUUGAUGGACACCGGCGCAUCAGCAGACACAUUCCCACCAGAAAGGCUCUUAGUUGCCAUAGAAACUCCAGGAGCGGAAAUUAAAAAAGGUAGAGGGGAGGAAAAAAAACAUGUUUUUCAUGGUAACCUCUCAACUCCUGACAUGUUUUUUCACAUUAAGUGGGAGAAAACCGCCAAAUGACGCCCAGACCAUCUACAUACAGCGUGCAAAAACACACCGUUGAUGGUACUUCACUUCAGAGAAUCUUGAGAGAGGGAAAUAUAUUGGUUUAAUUUCAGUGAACCAACCAUGUCCCACAGAUAUAGACUGUACAAAGAGAUGGAGUAUGUGUCUUUAUCACUUAAUAUCGAACAAAAGUGAAGCCAAAACAACUUCUCUGACAUCUUAUGCUGUGUCCGAGUUGUCCGAUGUCAGAGCUGGGAAUGACGUCACACCCGAGUUACCAGCGUUUCAGUUACCAAGUCAGAAAGGGGACGCUAAAAUAACUUAAAAUAAAUAAAAAGACAAGCGCUAAAAUAACUUUCGUAGAUGUAGCCAUCUUGAUUCAGCCUCCAAUUUUGCUUUUUUCCGACUUGGCAACUGAAACACUAGUAACUCGGGUGUGACGUCAUUUCCAGCGCCGAUAUCUGACUUCCGAGGUAACUCGAACACAGCAUUUGAUUGGAGCCACGUUGUUUAUUUUUGUUUAUUUUGGCUUCAUUUUGGAAAGUUGUAACGUCAUCCAUCUUUUUUAUAGCUGCUAUGGUUGUAGGGUUUCACUUCUGUUUACUUAUGCGUGGUUUGUUUUGAAGUAGAUCAGCUUAAUAUGAAAUAUAAUUGAUAAGACGUCUUAUAAACAUGUUUUGUGACACUGCCAGUCAAAGUGAGCGCUUCAAAAGAAAACACAUAUCUUUCACACGUGGCUGCGUCUUAUCAACACCUACGUUAAUGCCUUUUGUCAGCUUUGAUUUAUGUCUGGUGAUGACUAUAUCAUGCAGCACAAAGGUGUUUCUUCAUUACAGCAAGUGAAACUUUUGACACGUUGUUAAAUGAGACACAAAUCACAAACAAUACAGACAAUAUGAUAUGAUCUGAUAGGACGAGCUAAAUACCAUACACUCUAUUUAACAUCAUCUCUUUCCCAUCAUGUCCUUUUCCUCCCUUUCACCUUCUUUGUGCCUCCCAGCGAGGAAAAACAAGAAGCUGAUCAAGAUGAAAGCGCAGAGGCCUCCAGGAUCGUCAGAGCCUCUCGCCAACAUGCCCGUUCCAGUCAUCCCUCGGUGCAUGCCCCAACUCGUGCCCACCAUGCUAUCUGUGCUCAAGGCCAUCGAGCCCGAGAUCCUCUACUCUGGAUACGACAGCACGCUGCCUGACACUUCAACACGGCUCAUGACCACUCUGAACAGGCUGGGCGGACAGCAGGUCAUCUCUGCAGUCAAGUGGGCCAAAUCACUGCCAGGUAACAAAAACCCUCCCGACAAUAUCCUGCAUUUGGUUCGGGUUAUAUAGACGUGCCACCACUAAAGCAAAGUGUGUCAGUGGUGGUAUUUCCAGCAUGUAAUUGAGACUAAUGUGUGGUGAAGUGGGCCAAGUCACUGAUGGAAAAUGGAGUCAUUUGUUACUUUUUAUACAUAGAGCUGGUUUAAGAAGUUCAUCACUUUUUUUGGGAUCAGAUUGGGAGUGUUAUGCAAGUUUUCUAAUUUGCCUUUAAGUUAGAUGAAGAUCUUCUAACCACAAACUAUGUUUCAUAGUUUUUCUAGGAACUUGUAAAAUGGAUUUAACAUGAAUGUUGUCUGAUCGCUCCAUGUAUUAUCCUUCCGUUCAAUUAUUCCAUUCAAUCUAGUAAACGAAAAAACAAGUAAAUAUUUUGUUAAUUUGUUUUUCUGUUUAACCAAAAAAUAAAAAAAUAGUGUUUGUUUUCGUAUUUUUAGCUCAAAACAGAAUUUAUAACAGAGAAGAAAACGAAAUAAUAAAUCUUAUUAACAAUAAUUGAUUUUGAGCGCGCCUGUUUUUAGCAUACAUGCAUGGAGGCUACAUUGGCCUUCCCAUGAUUCUCAGCGACAGGUACCAUGGCGAAAGAUGCGACAGAGCGGUCCGAGCGCCAAAAUCUUCCGUUGUAACAGAGCUCUGGUUGUAAUUUUUUCUCCAGUCAUAUCUUCCUCCUUCAGCGUGACCUUCCUGGCGGCUUUGAAUAAUACGUAGGACGCGUCUAUCUCCAUGACAGCAGGUUAGCCUUUCUCUACCGCUCCGGCCUGGAGUUUUUGGUCCACGUUGUUGAACAGUAGAAAGGCACCGUGGGAAUAAAAAAUAAUAAUAAAUAAAAAUAUUGACUCGUUUUUUCAUUUUUCGUGUACUAGAUUGAAUGGAAUAAUUGAAUGGAAGAGCAAAAAAAAGAGUUAUUGUAUUUUACCAAUUAGCUUAUUGAAUCAUAGUUUGGCUGGCAGCCUGUUAGUUGAAGUUUCCUUGUCUCCGACUGAAAAAUGAAAAAUCAGAAGAUUCAACAGCUUUUUUUCCCCCUCCUUGUGAUUCCUCUUGACAUUGGGAGAAUGGAACAACAGAUUUUCAGCAGCCUUGUAAUAAAAAUACUGUAACCUCCAUUAUAGUGGUAUCCACAGUAACAGACAGAAGAGGAGAUUUAUGGGAUGAUAAGACUAAUUCACUUAAAAACCCUGAUUAUUUUUUAUAGUACGACAAUUAGGUCAAGACCAAGGUUAUUCAGCUUUUGAAUAUGCAUCAAGUUAAAGUUCCUACAGUUCACUCGUAAUUAUCUCUGUGAAGAAAACCUAAUUCUGAAAAGGAAGAAUUGACUCUCAAUUUGUGAGCAAUUCAAAUCAUUGACUGAAAUCAUGAAUGUAAAUCUGAUCUGUUAUAAAGAGAUAAAAAUUGUUUGGUUGCAUUUAGGACUUAAAGGUGGGGUAGACAGGAUCUGAUCAAAUGCCAGUUUUUGGGAGAAAUCUACCCCCCCCUCCCAACCAGUUUCCCCCUCAGCUCCUCCUCUCCCCUCCCUCUUUGCUCCAGGAAGCCCCGCCCACAAACAGACGCUCCUGCUCGCUCGUAUCGUUCCAAUUAAACUCAGAUAUAAUGCAGAUAAAUACUUCAGAUAAUUACAAAUGGGGCCCAGUCAACGUGAAAGUAAACAGCAAUGGUGCUACUGUAGAUGCCAACAGACUACCAGCAAACACAAUGUUUGCAGGACUUCUACAACUAGGAUAAAGUGACAUAGUCCAGGACCCGAGGUCAACAGUUUAGCAGCGCUAAAACACGCAGCAGAUCCCGUUACACAAGAAACACUUCUGUUACAGACACUUGUCUUACUUUGUUAAAGCGGUUUACCUGUCCAGUAGAAAGGUUACAGGGUUAAGGAUGCACCGAUCCGAUAUUUGAUAUCGGUAUCGGUCCCGAUACUGAGGGAAAUUCUGGAUCUGGUAUAGUGACAAUGGGCCCAAUGCAUAGUGGCCAAUCUAUUCAGUCUAACUCUAUGCUAUGCGUCGUGAGUGGGAUCCACAAGUAAACACGCUGAUCGGAUGCCCAUGUUGUUUUCAAAAUGGAGCGAGCGAAGGGGUCUGGUAUCUUGAACUUUAUCACAAUACCUCAGCCUACAAGCUUGACGGCCACUUGCAAUAGUUGCGAGGGGCAGUGGUGAAACUUCAGGUUACAACAAAAGGUAAUUCAGCGCGGCUUUUCUGUAUUGGAAUUGGAUCCAUAUCAGCUGAUACUAAAAUGUAGAUAUUUUUAUCGGGAUCAGAGGUGAAAAAGUGGAUCGGUGCAUCCCUAUACAAGGUCCUUAAGAUCUUGAGGCGUCCCCCAUUUUUUAUGUUUCAUUGACAUUGACCCGGCUUCUUAGCUCUUGUCCGGUCUAUCUUCUUUUUAAGCGCCCGUUAUUCUGCCAGAGUCUCCGGUAUUUACUUUGUUUUCUUGCUUGUGUUGGCAGUCUUGACCAAAGGAGGAUUCAGACAAUUUUCCGUACUUUCUGGUUGAUUUCUACUGUCCCAUAUUGUAGCGCGCUAACUUUGUUUGGGCUUUAUUCGAGAACGUGGAGCGUGCCUCACAACCAAUCAGGUUGGGGAGGAGGAGAACGGCUUUGUUUCCAGUGAGAGCGGACCGCUCAAAAUUUAAAAUGGUGACUACACAGGUGUAAGAGAACACAGUGAUAUCGUUAUAUUCCCAAAUGUCAUCUAUAACUAAUAGCUAUUGACUGAUAUUAAAAGCUUUUUUGUAUAUACACAACAAAAAAAGAUGCUUCCUCAACGGAUUCCUGCCUACCCCACCUUUAAGUCAACUUCGACGUCAGUUCACUUUAGUUCAGGCAACUUUAUUUACCCCUAAGGGCAUCUCAGUUUUUAUGGUGUAUCGGUACAUGAGAACACUGCUCGACAAACAGCAUUCAGGUGUAAGUCACGUCAGUAAGUCUGAUGGUUUAAUCGCUGCAGUGGAGUGAAUGCUCUGACUGAAUAAAUGACUCAGAAAACAAAGGCUCCUGCAUUUAGGUUCUACUUUUAUUGUCAUGCACAAACAAAUAACUGAAACUCAUGUUACAAAAAACCAAAGGUAAUUGAUGGGAGGGAAGACUUUGCGGAUUAAUUUCACAAAGAAAAACUAGAAGCGCAAAGAGCUUGGAAUUCAAAGUAUUCAUGCGAGUUUGUUAUGAGAAAGGAAGCACAUGACUUGAUAAUCGCCUUAAGUAUUUGCUUGAAGAUUUUCCCCUCUCACUUCACUUGUCAACAUUUACACCAAAGAUGUAAGGUUAGAAGUUUGAGUGGAAAUCCUUCAAUGACACUGUGAAGUGAAGGGUUUCUUUUUCUCUUUGUGUGUGCGUGUAUGUCAGAAUAAUGAGGGACAAAUUUGGCUCACAUCUUGUGCGAGCAUUGUCCACCACUGGCGGCCUGCCAGCGUGAUCGUCAAGGGAAAGCUUUUUUGGUUAAGGGUGGGAGGGGGGCGCUACAUAACAAAGGCAUGGUUUCAAACAAAUGUAAUGUGAAAGGACUUUUUUCAUGUGCAGUUCCACUUUUAUAGUUUUGACAGAGUGGAAACAGCUGAACUACAAUUCAACUCAAAUUUGGACAUCGGCUUAACUAGAUCCUAUGUUGUUUUGUGAUUCAGUUUUAAUGAUGCAUUGGAUGAGAACUUUUUUACGGUGGCCCUGAGGUACAAAACACAAUGACAAAUCAAAAAACACAAAAGCAAAACAGAAAACACAACAUCAAAUCAGAAAACACAAUAGCAAAAGAGAAACUACGUUGACAAAAGAAGAGAAAACACAACACUAAAAGAAAAAAAAAUGACACGAAAAGAGAAAACACAACGGCAAAAGAGGAAAUUCAACAGCAAAUCACAAAACAAGAUGUCAAAAAAAGAAAAAACAGAACACAAAAAGAAACUACGACAAAAAAGAGAUAACACAAUGACAAAAAAGAGACAACACAACUUUAAAAUAGAAAACACAACAACAAAAAGAGAAAACACAACAACAGAAAGAGAAAACACAACAACAAAAAGAGAAAUCACAACAAAAGAAAAAACACAAUGACAAAAAAAGAGAAAACACGAUAACAAAAAGAGAAAACACAACAAAAAAUAGAAAUCACAACACAAAAAGAGAAAACACAAUGACACAAAAAGAGAAAACACAACAUUAACCAAAACUGGAAAAUGUAGGUCGGUGUUUUCACUUGUUGUUGUUGUGUUUUCUCUUUUUUGUGUUGUGUUUUCUCUUUUUGUCAUUGUGUAUUCUUUUUUGUGUUGUGUUUUCUCUUUUGUGUUGUUUUCUGAUUUGUGUUUGUGUGUUUUCUCAUUUUGUGUUGUUUUCUGAUUUGUGUUUGUGUGUUUUCUCAUUUUGUGUUGUUUUCUGAUUUGGGUUUGCGUUUUCUCAUUUUGUGUUGUUUUCUUUUUGAGUUGUGUUUUCUCUUUUUUUGUUAUCAUGUUUUCUCUUUUUGUGUUGGGUUUUCUCUUUUUUUUUUGGUUGUGUUUUGCACCUCGGGGCCACCGUACCUUUUCUUUUUUCCAAGCUUAUGUAGCACUUUGCAAACACAAGAGUUUCACACACACAAAAAAAAAAGUUUGUACAAUUCUGGGUAGUAUGUCGUUAUUAUAGCAUGGUCAUAACUUCUGAGAGCUUUUUGCAUUUUCUCUGAUUAAAUGUUGUUCUCUCUCUCUAAUCCACCUCCUCUGACUCCCCCCAGGCUUCCGCAACCUGCACCUGGAUGACCAGAUGACAUUGCUGCAGUGCUCCUGGCUCUUCCUCAUGUCCUUCAGUCUGGGUUGGAGGUCCUACGAGCAGUGUAACGGCAGCAUGCUCUGCUUCGCCCCCGAUCUCGUCAUCAACAAGUGCGUACCAAAGCCUGCCGCUCUAUAUUUAUGCACAACAUUUUUAACAGCCAAUUUUGUUCAGUGUUUGCUCAUUCCAGGGUGUCAGUCUCACUCAGUUUUUUUCUUAUCACUCGGCUCGCACAAUCUCACAUCUGUUGACAUGACGUUGAAACAUUUUGGCAGUUUCUCGCGUGUGAAGAUGUUAAAUCAGGUGGAGAGAAACAGCCGACGACACCUUGUUUAUCAGCGGGAACACAUGGCAGUCUGCAUCCUCCUCAGGCUAACAUGGAGAUAUCAGAGACAAAGACUGCUAUACAUGGAAUUGAGCUUUACAAAUGAGAGACGGGGGGGAAAGACCUUGAAAUAAAAUCCACUUCAGCUGAGGUCUGAUCCACUUAACCGUGUAUUAGACUAGUUUAUCAUAAAAACAGAAAGAAAAGGAAAUAGCUGAUCUCUUCAGUACUGUUCAUUCCAUCCAGAUUUAGUAUUUUUGAUUUCAUGUAUAAAUAUCUGUUUAUGUUUUUUUUAUAUUUAUCUCAUCCUACGUUUAACUUUCCACUUAAAAACUUAGGAAUGCUUACAAGAGUAAAAACGUGUCCUUGUAAUCAUAGGAGUACUCCCGUGAUCUAUCAAGAUAAAUAUGUGUGGGAAGGAACACCCUCACGCUUUUGUAAUCCUCACAUCAAACACAAUCUGGAAAACACGUUUCUCCCAGAGUCGGAUGAGAGUUACAUCAAUUACUUCGGAGCAGUGUAGUAAAUAACCUGCUGCCUGGAGGCCUCAGGUUAGUUACAACAACAGUAUGUUAAUUACAGAGGCUAAUUACUUAAACAAUCAUGGUCUGUGAAAUUGAUUGUACUUGAAAGUGUCUGCGCUAGCUUAGUAAAGCCUUUGUGGUCUUAGGAGAGAACGGGGUAAUGUGGAGGCUAAUCAGCUAUUGGCUCAUUUGAUCCCCUUGCAAUGUUGAACCUGUGAAGGUCAGAAUGGAAGUAAAUGGUUUGGUUAGAAAGGUGGGACUGAAACCAACUAAAACUGAGUCAAAUUUUGUAUGUGAGGAUAACCAUUCGCAAAUUUUACGUUACAAAGAUCUUAUAUCACGGUAUGAGUAAUUUCAUAUCACGUUAACGAUAUAUCAUGGUUUGUUUUUUCCCUCUUUGAAUUCAAUUAAUGUCUUAAAAAUAAAUUUCCUUUUAUUUUUAAACUAGGAUUUCUAUACAAACCCUAUGCAAACAAAAUGCACAACACGCUGGUGGAUAUAUGAAAAACACCCAGAUGGAUGCGCUCUGGCUUUUCUGUUCGCGAGCUCAGACAACUACACACUGACUCAGAGAGAUGCAGCAGACAUUUGCUCUCUCUCUCUCUCUCUCUCUCUCUCUCUCUCUCUCUCUCUCUCUCUCUCUCUCUCUCUCUCUCUCUCUCUCUCUCUCUCUCUCUCUCUCUCUCUCUCUCUCCGGUAUAGCAAAAUUUCUACGGGUCGACACUUUAUACCGUCACAUGGUAUGUACCGUCAUACCGCCCAACACUAUUUGGCAGUAUAGCUCUGUUCUGAGAGCUCCUUGCCCUUUCGUGAACAUAUGGUUAAUACCGGAGCCUGCGGCAGGGGGAGCAGCUGCUGCACUGUAGGCUGAGCUUGACUUUGUGACCUGCCUGAAGUAACACUAGACUCAAUUUAGACAAAGAAAGAAUCAACUCUGCAUAAACUUUGACAGCUUGCCCUCUUUAAUGGGAACACCUUGACAGAGAAAAAGAGAGAGCAGCGGUCUGAAGUGGACACAUAAAACUCUGGUAGUGGUAAAAAUAAAUAGAAAAGGUCAAGAAGUCAAUGCCAAUAGCUCUGCGGUUGGCCAGAAUGAAUGGCAACCUUAAAAGCAAGGCUACCUACUGUAUGUUAAGGAUAUAUUUUAUAGAUUUAAGACACGGGAGGUGAUAUUACUGGAGGGUGGAUGCAGGAAGCCAUCAAUCCUGAUCUAAGCGUGUGGUUUCUCAUGCCUGUUUGUUGUGCGUCCCUGCUGGGGCUGUUUCCAGGGAAGUGAAUAACAGGAUAAGCAAAAGAGCCUUAAGUCUAAUCUGUCCAUCUUUCUUCCUCUACCUGUCUAUACCUGUCCUCCCAUCUUCUUCCCUUCAUCCCUCUCUUCCCUUCUCCUUCCCUUCUCCUUCAUUCUCCUUUUCUUCAGGGACCGGAUGAAGUUGCCCUUCAUGACCGACCAGUGCGAGCAGAUGCUGAAGAUCUGUAACGAGUUUGUCAGACUGCAGGUGUCCUAUGAUGAGUACCUGUGCAUGAAGGUCCUGUUACUGCUCAGCACAGGUAAUGGAAAAACACUUAUCUUUAAAAAAAAAUGAUAACAGUGUUUUGCAAACUGCAGGGACUACAAUUUUUGCUAUUGUAUCAGCCAUCACACACUGCCACUGCUUUUUCAUUGCAACUUCAAAUACCCUCAAUCCUUCACAGACUGAUAGUAUAACAGUGAGCGAAACAGCGACGGAUGCUUCGUAAAUACAAAUUUUGAUGCAAAUGGAUGAUGAGUGAUGACAUCUGGCUGGAUGUUCCCUCUGUGGUCAUUUUUGAAGCUUUUUAUGGCACUUUGACAAAGAAACAAAUCAAUAAAUUCAGACAUGACUGCACAGUUUUUCUAAGUUUACAGGGCAGACAUAUAAUCUUCUGACAACAAGCCACAACACACCCACCUUUCAGUCAACUGCCUCUAAGUAUACCAAUUUAUGUGCCAUUCUCAGCCUUUAUGAAGUAUUGAGAGAUGGAAAUAAAAUCACCCACAUGUAGUGUGUACAAAUAAACAAAUGACCCAAACCACUCUGGUGGUAAACAUGUUUAUAUCUGCUUUAAACUGGGCAUUUUACCGUGGGAGCUGAUGGGGUUUGCUCUUGUGGACAAUCAAGGAACUGCAGUUUUUUGCACUUUUGCGCUGGCUGUCCUACCUGCUUCAUCACAGUGCAUUUGUUUUACCAGUAUUUGUAAUACCAGUAUUGGAAAUUGCUCCUAUACCACAACAUUUAUAAAAUUAGUAAAUUAUUUAUUGGUUAGCUCCGUUAGCUCUGGCAAAAUUCUUCCACGCUGAUCUAAAACAGUGACAGGUGACAGACGUUUAGAACCAGAGCCUGUUGACACAGUAGACGAGGCUCGGACCUAAGCUAAGUAGCAGCUAAUUAGCAAGAGCGUUGUGUCGGUGGUGUGGCAGUAUUUCACGCUGGAUGCUCCCACCAGUAUUAGUCAAAUAGUCAAAUUAGUCAAAUAUAUUUGAUAAAAGGUCUCAUAGGCAGAUAAAAAGUAGAGUUGUUCCGACUCCAAUACCACUAUCGGAAAUUGCUCCGAUACAGCCGAAAACGUUAGCAUUGGUAUUGGCGAGUACUGGAGUCCAGGCCCCGAUCCUAUACCACAAAAUUUAUAAAAUUAGUAAUUUAUUUAUUGGUUAGCUCCGUUAGCUAUGACACAGUUCUUCCUUGCCGAUCUAAAACGACAUGGAUCAUGUGACAGAUGCUUCGAGUCUGUUGACAUAGUAGACGAGAAUCGGACUUAAGCUAAGUAGCAGCUAAUUAGCACCAGCGUCAUGUUGGCGGUGUGGCAGUAUUUCACGCUAGAUGUUCCCACCAGUAAGACUGCGACAUGCAACAUAUGCCGAGAAAAUAUUUCGAGAGGUGGCACGAGUGUUUCCGAUUUUUACACCAGGAACUUAAUUAAACGCCUGAAGAUGCGUCAUGCUAAAGAGCGCGGCGGAUUUCACGAAGCAAAGGAGGAAAAAGAAGUGAAAAAGGGUUUACCCUGAGCCAGACCUUACCACAAUGAUAAUCAUAUCACAGUCAUGCAGGCCUGGUAAGAUAUUUUCUUUAUAACAUACUGGUAUCAGAUCAGUACUCGGUAUCGGCCGAUACAAGCACAAGUAUCGGAAUAAGUAUCAGAAUCAGUAACAUCUUUAAAUAACAGAUAAAAAGCUAAUAUCCCAACAGGGUGAUGGAAUUUUUAAGACUUUGGUGCACUUUUCUUACAUCACGCCAUACGUCGGUUUUUCAGUUUCAUAAUCCUUUUUUCAUCUGCGUUCAGUCGUCAAAGCUCAGGUUUUUUUUUCUUUCUUCUUGAUUGAACAAUUGAACAAUCACACAUCAGACGUUCCUCUUCAAAGGCAGAGGAGACAUCAAAACAGAAUAAAGUUUAAAUCGAAACACAUCAAGAAUUCUUCUUUUUUCACAAUUUCUGUGAAAAUAUUACAUAACAAGAAGGACGUUCGUUUUUCCAGCCAUCCAGCAAUUAAUGAGAAAGGACUGACGGUUUUCCAAUACUGCAUGACUAUCAAAAGAGGUUUUUUUACUUCAAAGGUCUUUGAUAAUAGCUCCUUGUUUACCCCAGUUUUCCUGUCAUUGUUCAGUUUUCCUGGCAUUGAGAAGUCGAUUCAGUGUGUAACUUUCUGUAUAAAAGCAGCGUUUUCUCCAGGUUAAACGGGGAAAGUUAAUUUUGAAGAUUAAAUUGAAAACCAUAACUCAUCCAACCUGAGUGUAACUUCCAGUUUCUUACCUUUGAGGAUAAAUUCAGUUAGAUCUUUGGCAAAGUGACAACUCGUUACAAAAAUAACUUUAUUAUUUCACAAAUUCACAAACUCUUUUCCCCUCCUAAUUGAGCUGAGAAGAACAACAACUAGGUAGGAAAAAAAAGAGUUAAAUGCCAAACAGCUCUCAUUUUUUCUUCUGCUGGCCAAGGUAAAAUGAAUGUUGACGAAAACAUCAAACUUUUUGAUUAGUUCCAAUAAUAGCCCCUGAAAAACAACACAAAGUACAAGAUAAGUAUUAUAAAAGCGAAUGUUUCCCAUUUAUGUAAAUUUUGCACUUCAGCAUGUAGGGAGGCAUUCUUCCAUCCUCCUCUCCCUCAGCGAACGGGAGGAAAGGAUGCACUUUAGCGCUGAUCUGCUUGUUAUGUCGAAGAAAUGACAUUUCCAUCCUCAGCCUUGGUUGCGCUUUAGUACCUGGGAGCUAUUUCCAUCUGUUCCCUCGUCCUAGGGAUGGAGAUGCCAUCCGGUCGGCACGACUAGUUUGAGCUGUUUUUAAAGUAUUCCUCAUGGUAUGAGUAAGCAGUGAAGAUAACUAAGGGGCCGUUAAAAUGUAAGGUACAGAGUAGGGCAGGAUCAGCUGAUCACUUAUAAACAUUUAACAAUUUCAAAUCUGAAAUUUACAGCGAAGAACGCGUCAGUUUUUGUAGAUUGUCUCGUGGCGAAAGCUGAGUAUGCAUAAUGAAGAGCUCCGAUCGCUCCUGCUCUGUGGUAUCUCCCACUUUAUCUGAUUAUGUAAAUCGGACAGUAAUUCACCCUGAUCCUGCCCUCUGUGCCUUGGCAUAAUCUCCGGGCCAGUUACUGUGGCUUUGCCUGGGCUCAGUGCCAGACACCAGACUGACACAAAGUCUCUCAUUUGUUUACGCAGUCGUUAUGACGACUGUACAUUUGAUGUCUGUUUCAGCUAUUCUGCGGUUUUCAACUUUUUAUUCCCCGUGACCAGAAGAGUCAAAAUUCACGCUCUGCAUAGAGUUUAUGAUUUUCUCGAGUGCGGGCCGAAUCUUUAACCACCCUUUUUCAGGAUCUUGACCCAGGUCUCAGCAGUCUGGUAACCCGCCCCCUGGUAGCUUUAAAUGAAAGCACCCGUUUUGCAUAUUUUCCACUACUCUGGUUAGGAGGUAUGUGUGUGCAUCUGAGUGUGUUUAGCUUUCGUCUCCUAAGGGUCCUCGUUGGGGUCCUACACAGUAAGAUUUGAUGAACUUUUAAUGCUCUGUGCUGUUUGUAGAACAGGAUGAGGACCAGACUAAGACAAAUAGCAACACUGCUGAUGGAUUUUCACUCUGAGGCGGAUGUUAAAAUGCGCACAACCUGCUGUCCAUAUGGCAUGGCAGAGAUAUCUAAAUCUAUAUUUAUGCACAUAAUAAUACUUACAAUAAUAACUUUAUUUAUAUAGCACUUUUAAAAACAAGUGCUUACAAAGGGCUUUAACAUGCAGGAAAACAAAGAAGAUAAAAACAACAACAACUAGAGAACACUUGGGGGAGAUGACACAUGACUAGCAAUAAAGAAAUAAAAUAAAAUAAAAAUCUGUGGAAGACAUAAAAUCUUAGAUGAAUGUCACAUGAGCUGAUAGGUCAUUCAAAUGAAGACAUUAAAACAAAGACAUUAUAGAAACCCAUGAUACCCAGCCAACACAGGAACCCGAUCACAAAACCUGAGACCAAGGGGACUGUUAUAAAACAUGAAUAGGAGUAAAAGGUUUUAAAGAAGACAAAAAUGAGUUUUAAGACGUGACUAUUUCUGCACACCUGAUCUCCUCAGGAAGGUCAUUCCAAAGUCAGGGGGCCCUGAUGGAAAAGGUCCUGUCACCUUUAGUUACAAGUCUCGACUUUGGAACGACCAGGAGCCCCCACUCGAGGAUCUCAGGGUGUGGGCUGGCUCAUAGGGGGUUAAAAGUUCUGUUAUAUCGAUUGGAGCCAGACCCUUUACUGGCUUAAAUGUAAUGGAUCAAAUUUUAAAAUCAAUUCUAAAACUAAAUAGAGGCCAAUGUAAAGAUGCUAAAAAAGGGGUAUAAUACACAAUGCAAUGUGAAUCAUAACCUGCAGUGUGAACGUAGCCUAAGUAAUAUUUAUAGGUGGUUUAAAAAACAAAUAUUAACCAUUUACAAAGUGCUGCUGACACACAUUUUAAUCUAGAUGUUUUACAACCAAUAUUUAAACCCCAUAUAAACCUUUAAUAGAUAGUCCAUCGAUAAUCAAUGAAAAUUAUUGAUAAUAAUUUCAUUGCUUGUUAACAGUAAAGUAACUAAUAACUUACAUUAAUUAACUAUUUGCCAUUUAUAACUGGUCUAUAUGCUGUUUUAAAAUGAUGAUUAAACAUGAAUAAACUAUCUAUUUACCAUUUAUAAAUUAUGGUUACUGUAAAGUGUUACCAAAAAUCAUUGCCCAUCUCGAAUUUGACUAGAUCAGGUUACCUGGUUUUCACAGAUUUUCCCUGAUUCUAACUAACCUGCUGUUUCCUCUCUUUGUGUUUUGUUGACGAUUGUGUGGAUGUGUGUGUGUGUGUGUGUGUGUGUCUAGUACCAAAAGAUGGCCUGAAAAGUCAGCCAGUGUUCGAUGAAAUCCGGAUGACGUACAUCAAGGAGCUGGGGAAAGCCAUCGUCAAGAGAGAGGAGAACGCUAGUCAGAACUGGCAGCGCUUUUACCAGCUAACUAAGCUACUGGACUCCAUGCAGGAGGUCAGACAAACACAUUUGCACCGUUUCUUUAAGUCUUUAAGAGAUUUUUAUUGCGGUUUGACGAGGGCAGACAACCUGGAACGACCUGUAGAUCACUAUAGACGUGUAUUUUUAGAGUCUACUGCUUCCAUUUCCAGACUGUUUGUUCCAUAUCCUCUGGUUAAAGUGUGUCAGUAUCUUGGAGUUCAGCUGAGUUCCCUGUACCAUGCUGAUUAGUGUUAAACCCUGAAGAAUACACUCCCAGAUCCCUCUAAGUGCAUAAUGUUCCAGUCGGUUCUGUUACAUACAGUUUCUAUAAAAGCCUCUUUAUUGCAGACCUUCUGUAAAUAUAGACCCCGGGCUAAUUUCAGGAUAGUCUGCGAAUUUAAAAAAAGAAAAAGGUUUUUAAUAUCUAAAAGACUCUCAUUACUCUCCCUGUCCCCCCUCCUCUCCCCCUGAUGUCUCUUCCAGAUGGUUGAGGGUCUUCUCCAGAUCUGUUUCUACACCUUUGUGAAUAAAACCCUCAGUGUGGAAUUCCCUGAGAUGCUGGCGGAGAUCAUCAGUAACCAGAUACCAAAAUUCAAAGACGGGAGCGUCAAGCCUCUGCUGUUUCAUCAGAAAUGACUGCCUUAAACUGUGAAGCAAUGCCUUAAGUUCUGCCCUCCCCGUGUACCUCUCCAGGGCCCCACACUUGCGCCCGAGCCCUGAGCCUUUGCUUUUUCCUGCCUCCCCUGCACUCUGAUUCGAUUCCUCCUGUUUUCCCAGGCCUCCUCUAGGAAUUCUGCCACGCCCCCCUCCAGGACUCAGCCAUUCAGCCUAAUCUCAGAGCACAAUAACUGCACCUCUUAAUCCUGUCCCCGUCUUUGGCUAAACUUCGCAAUGGAUAACCUACUGCCGACCUGAAACCUUUCUUCUUGAGUAACCAGGAAGAAUUUUGUCCUCCAGAGGAAAUACGUUUCUUGUCUCGUCGGGCGAAAGGCCCCCUCUCCUCCCCCUCCGUCCACAGCCCUGUCCUCAGGAUUUGGCUGCAGUUUCUUCUCGGUGGCCACCCGCCUCUCCUGCCAGCUGUGUUUUAUCGCUGUUUUCACUGACAAGCCAACACCUAGAGACAUCUUAACGCGACCCCCCCUGAUAUUCUGUCCAACUUUUCCAAUAAGCAGCCUGCUAAAGCUCACCUUCAACUCCUCUUCUCACCUGCCAGCUCGUCUGUGUUUUCCCCUCCCAGCUCUGCUGCGUACAGAAUGUAGUGAGCUUUCACUUGUUUGGUUUCCAGAGGACUGAUGAGGAGAUCAAAAAAGUAAGAAACUUACUCUGACAUUGUCGAGUCUUUUUUUUCGUUUCUUAUUUGCAACCAAGGACGUCGAGGAUGAACUGUUUUCAUCUCUGAAUCAGUUAUCUUCUCUGAAUUGAUCUGAAUUCGAUUUAUAUGCCUGACCAGUGGAGGAAAAAGAAAAAAAAAACAGCUAGAGGAAUAUUCUUCAUUUAUUUUAUGCAUUUCUGAUCACACGCUUACGCACACUAAAAUACGAUGUACACGCAGACACAGUCACUCAGUGAAAUGUUUACACAGGAUGUAUCUGAGAAGGGAAAAAACAGUGCCUUUUAGCUUCUAAAGCUCUACAUAGCCAUCCUUUACGAGCCGUUGUUGUUUUGCAAAAGAAUCAAACAUUGACAUCCUUAUGCAUCAUUUUUUUUUCUUUUAGUUUCUCCACUCUGGCAAUUUCUGAUCGCUCUUCAAGCAGCAGGUUUCUCUGUUUUUAAUGUGAGUGGCUCCUUCUGUUCUGAAUCUCAGCUGCGCAUGAAAGGAAAACAGCAUUUGGUACAAAAGAGAAAUAUCUUACUUAAGUUUGAAAUAUUUGAAGUUUUGGGGUCUUAAAAGACUAAAAAUCACACAAAGUCAAGUCUGAAAGAUGUUUUUAGACGUCCCAAACCCAUUUCAUCUGCUCGCCCUUUCCCACGAGAGGUAUAUUUGAUGAAUAUACUGCAUUUCUCAAACUGUGUUGUAUAAUUUUAGAUUACCAAGAGAUUUUAUUUAAUGAAAUAUAAUGUAAAAGACAAAUCCAGAUACUUUUUUUUAUUUAAGGAGCUUUUGAGAAGCUGCACCCAGCUUUGUGCUAAAUGGAAACCACUGGAAUUCAAACAAGGCUUUCUAAUAUAUUGUGUAAGAUUUAUUAUUCAGAUUAUAGAGUAAUCAAUGAGAUGUUAAUUGGAAUGAUGUUUGUCAACAAACUCUUUCGCUGCAACCGAUUAAUAUGCAAUUCCAUCCAUAGUUACAGGUUUAAUGACUUCAAACCGACAUCCCCGCGUGAAACAAAAGAAACCGACGGCUUAUUUUUUCAGUUACAGAUGUACCACAUGUCACGGAAAUACGGCAUUUUAAAUUAAAUCAAUACGACAUCAAAUCAGGUUUAUGUGACAGUGUUUGCACAAAUGUGAACCGAGGUAUUGUAUCAGCAGACCAGCCCAACAUGGCUUUAAAGAUAAAGAACAGAAAUAUAUUUAUUUUGUAUAUGAGAUGUAACCCUUAAUAGAUGGAACUGAUGUUCUCGGCGCAGGAUUUUAAAGUAUUUUUCUUUUUGGACAAAGAUGCAGUUCGGUCCAAAUAGUUUAUGAAUCCAAGCUCAGGCUGUGAGUGACUCUAUCACCUCCAUGUGAUCCACUAGUGCCAAAUGUGUUAGAUCUAUUGUGUAUGUCUAUUUCCUGGAGAUGUGAAGGCGAGAUAACUCAGAUGGAAUUCAACGUUUAGGUUGUUUUUUUUGUAACUUUGCUUGAGAGUGCUCCUUUGUUUCAGUAUCACACCUACACCAGCUUAAAUAUACCGAUUGUCGUCAUCCGAGGUAAGUGUACGAUAGACUUUUUACGGAGAUGCACAAACACGUUGUAUUUUGAAGAUUGUGAGGUUAGCGGGAUUAUCAGCUGCUGUCAAACAGGUGGCGGUCAGCGCUUGGUACAUGUACGUGUACCAGGCAAAGCAACGGCCGAACUAAGACACUGACAGCACAGUUGUACAAACACAAUCCACCCCCUUCUCCUCAGCAGACGUGGUUCUACUCUCCUCGGUGUUUCCUGUAACUGCCUCUAUGCCUAAAAUGUCAACCUUAUAGAUUCUCAGCUGUUUAUUCUGAAUGGUAGGCUCCAUGUUUUCUGCGUGCGUAACCCCGGAAUGGCAGUUAACAGACCAGGUAGCAGGUUGCCAUGGAGACCGCUCAUUUGUGUGUUACUUAUAGCUAACAGCACAGCAGGCUCUAGACGCGUACGAGCCACUAUUCAAUAAGAGCCAUCAUGUUAUUAAUCAGCUGUUCUGCCAAAGGACGGUCCCUCGCAGCACGCCUGUUUUCAUGUACAGUGCAGGCUUUCAGCUCUCACCCCGCUUCACUCGCUCUUGUGGCCUUGUGUUGUGAAAAUAACCACACCGCUCACUUCAUUGUUAAUUAUUCUGGGGAAGAUUUGAUGAAACUGUCUAUUUGUUUGGGUAACUUUUGCAUACAGUAUUACAGUCGUUUCCCGGUGGUGGUGCUUCAGAAAACCAGCUUUAACGUGUUGAUGUAACCUUACCCCUGCUUGUUUCUAAAUGGCCAUAGGUGUAUAUAGCAGCGCCGACAUAUCCAGUGCAAUGUAAACAGUGUCUCUUAUUACGAAAUAUUUUUACAUAGACUUAACCGCUAUACUCCUAUACACUUUUUCUCUUUUACCUUUCAACUACAUGUUUGAUUAAAGGCCUUGCGAAAGGGAGACAGAGAGCCAUAGAAAUGAGAUUCAUUCAAAUCAGGAAAAUAGAUAAACCCUUAACAAAUAUCAAUACUUUUGGAGAAUGAUCUAUUGUAAAAUAAAAAGAAAAAAAAAAGAGAGAGAAAAUAUUUUCUGUGAUUUUAAAUACAUCUGCUUGAUCCUCUUUGAUAUGAAUUAUUUUACCCAAUCCUUUUUGUACAUUGAACGAGUCCGGAAAGUAAUUUUUUUUUCUUUCAUUUGUGUUUAUAAAGUUAGAUGUGUUGAAUAAAUUAGGAAGUGUUAAACAUGUUUGUCUUGUGAAGUAAAUGUAAAUUCUUCAAAGUCAAUGGGAAAGUCAUGGACGCUCACUGUGUUUUAAAGUUAUCAGAAAAUUAGGGAGGGAGGGAGGUAGGGGAGGAAAGGUGACACAGACUGGAGGAGGUUUUUGUGUUAUGGAAGAGUGACCAAAGCGGAGGAAUAGGAAAAAAAAAUUUACAAACAGAAGUAUUCAAGCAGUUACAUUUUAAGUAGCACUUAUUACCCAACUUCUAGGACUUCUUGUUUUCUUUUGAAAGGUAAAUUUUGUAAAGGUCCAGACUUUGGCUCCCAUGUAUAUUGCUGUGAGGAUUUACUGGUCACAAAGUAGAAAAACAAAACAAAAAUCUCCAUGUGAAAGUAAAUCUACCAGAGCCUGACAGAAUUGCACUACCCUCAUAUUGGUUGAUAAAGUCUAUUUUGUAUAAAAUACAUGCAAAUAUUAUCUUUAAAGAUUAAGGGCAGAUCAUGUUUCACUGGUACAUAUGGCUAUGGCUUUCAUUGAAGUCUGUUUUGUUCGUAUUUCAGUUAUGUAAAUGUAAUCCAAUGUAAAAACAAACAAAAACAUAAAAUGUUUGUUUAAAAAAAAAACAAUAGUUUGUUUUACUUCUGUAUUACACCUCUUCUGUAGUCAGUGUCGAUAUUUUCACCUAUUUGAUUAAAUGUUGAACUAAGUUAUCUGUGUUGUUCUUUGGCGUUAGAUUUGGCACCAUGUUGGUUACAACUUGGACAAUGUUUUUCAUCAUUGCAGGUGGAGAAGUGGAAAAUAAGAAGAGCAGAUUUCUCUUUAGUUCAAACAUCUUACACAAUAAAGUUUCCUGUUUUUUCAAUGCACA